GCAGGAGCGAGGUCGCGAGGGAGCGCGUUACCCGGCAUGCAGCGGGAGGCGCGUUCGCACCAAGAUGGCGGCGCCUCUGGAGGAGUACGAGAAAGAAGCGGGCUGCGUCCCUAUCCUGCACCCUGAGGUGAGGCCCUGCUGGCUUUAAGGCCUCCCUCGCAACCCCGUCAGCCUGGAGAAGAAGCUGGGUGGCGGCGAGAGGGAGGAGGAGGAGCGGAAAGUGGCGGCGGCAGCGGAGGCCUCCGCCCUCCUCUUGGCACUCCUUUCCCAGGCGGGGGCGGAGGUUGGCCCGGAGGCGCGGGCAGGAUUGUCUGGGAGGGAGAAGCGGCGGCGGCGGCGGGUGCGCCUUGGCGGGGCUGCGGGGAGGGGAAGGGAACAGGCUGGGCAGGCAAGCUCCCCAGUGCCCGCAGGGGUGGGUAGGUAGAGGACGAGGCUUUGCCCUGUCCCCCUCGUUAAUUCUGAUUCCCUCACAAGGAUAUUUGGGGUGGAAACUGGAUGGGGAGGGGGUGUCCUCCUGGACAAUCCGUACCCAAUGAACCGCUUUCCCUUAAUCACACAUAAAGGAGCGAGGAACUGCAGGUGCCUUGAGUUUACUUGAAAAAAGAAGAAAAAAAAGGGGGGGUCCUGAGACUCAAAAACCUCAAGAGAGAAGUAUCACACUCCUCUAGUUAAACGCUGAAAAAGGCUUUUGAACCUGCUAAUGGCCCAAGCGCGCAAUUGCACAAUUUAGGGGCCCGCAGGGCAGCUUUCUGGUUUGGCUGUUCUCUGCCUGUUUGGGUAAAAGGAUUCAGAGCUAGAUUUAAACAAGAGCAAUACACUUUCUGGUCUUGUGAGGUCAUUGAUCUCCUUUCCCCCUUUUCGCUGUAGAGUUUGGGGCCUAUUGUGGCUUACAGCUUGAUCCUAUAAAUUAGGGGAACAAAGAGUGUGGUAGCUCUCUGAAGAUGGGCAUAUUUAUUAUGGGAUAAACUUUUGUUAAUUUUGUACGGGCGUAAUGUAUUUGUUGGUUUUUAGGACAUAAUACAUGGUGAGUGUUUUAAAAGAGGCCCCAUGGAACAUGUGUACUCUGUAUCCACGGUGCCUCUUUUAAAGGACUGUGUAUUUGUUAGUUUUUAAAGGUGUUGCAAAGUUAUGCUUUUCUCUCUGACAGAUUAACAGAGUUUCUGGAAGUUGCAUUAGUUACAAACUAAUUAGUUACAGACUUACAAAGAAUAGACUUCUUUGUAAGAUUUACUGGCUUCCAGGCAAUCAGUUGCUGGGAAACACCAAUUUCUUUUCUACUCUCAUAAGCGUGACUAUCAGGAAGAUGACUGCAGUGGUGUUAUGGGCACCUAAUGAAUAGUGCUCUAUGUUGUCAUUAAUAGGUGCCUUAGUUGUUUCUCAGUUACCUGCCAGUGUACUUAAAAAUGCCAGUGCACUUAAAAACAAAAAAAUUCCAACUGUUUCUCUGUCCAUUGUGCUUACCUUUCUUUUGAAGAUUUAUAAGUCUUCUACAUUUUAAAAAUCCAGCCUUUCCUGCCCCAGAAAGACAAGUCGUCCAGUAUAGCAGGGACAUAUUAUAUUUUGCUGUUUAGAUGCUGGUGGUAGCAGUAGCAGAGAUAACCUGUGCCAAGAAAAUCCUUUGGUAGUCAUCUUAUUUUUAAACGUUAACUUGUCAAUAUUCUAGUACUCAAAAUCUAAUUUUAUAGGGCUGCAGCCCUACAAGAAAUGGUCUUGAAGGCCAUUUUUAUAGUUUUAUAGCUGCUUCCUGCAUAGUAUAAUGAAGGACAUGCUUUGGUUAAUUAUGAAAUAUUAUGUCAUUAAAAGGUGUGCCAAAUAUCGGGGGGUGUUUGGGUUUGUUUUUUUACUGAGCAGAUGGUAUUUUUCUUAGUCAACUUAUUGAGGAUUUGUCUAAGACUGUAUCUUAAAUUUGAUAAUCCUUUUCCUUCCAUUUGAUUUCAUCAGUGAAAAUAAUGUAAUUGAAGGUAUACAAUAAAAUAUUUAUGGUAAAAACAAGCAAAAUAGUAACAAGACAUGGCUAAGAAAAUGCCAUGCACUUGGGAGUAUUUUACAUAGCAAUCCUAUACUCCAUUUGGGGAGGGGAGCUGGGGAGAUCACCACUGUGCUAGUGUAAUUACCACCAUAGUCUGUGUAUAGUCAGCCCUGGAAGCAGGUGGGUGAAAAACAAUCAGAAAAUUUAAAAAUGGCAUAUAAAUAGCAGAUAUGUGCCCAGCACCUCUGGAAACAUCAGCACAACCCACUAGUUGGGAACUUUGCCAGUGAGAGUGCCAACAUGAAAAUGAGCCAAUGAACUGUGUUGGAUGUUAGCUUGUUUCAGACAAAGAGUUAACAUUAAUCACUGUUCGUUAGUUUGUACACUACAACAAACUGUGGUUAAAUAAAAAAAGAAGCAAAAGCUUCCAAACUUGAUGCAGCUAUACCAGAGGAAGAAUGGGAAUGAUGGAACAUGUAAGCACAUAAGAAGACUCUGCUGGAUCAGGCCAAUGGCCCAUCUAGUUCAGUAUCCUGUUCUCAUAGUGACUGCCUGUGGGAAACCUGCAAUCAGGAUUCAAGUACAAGAGCACUCUCCCCUUUUGUGGUUUCCAGCAGCUGAUAUUCAGAAGCAUUGCUGCCUUGAGUCUAAGGCUCACUGCAGCUCAUUCCCAUGAUGCUAAACUGUGGUUUAGCAUGAUCCCCGAACACAUUCACUGAAUGUCAAAAAAGAAAAGGGGAAAAAGAAGACAAUUUUUGAUUGUUGUAUCUGGGCCUGUGUUCUCAGCGAUGUCCAUGCAUGGUGUAGUUAAGUAUCUACAAUUAAUGAAAGCCAUAAUACUUUUUCUGUGUAGUUAUUUUCAUGUUCCACUACAAGUAGUCUUUUGUUGAGAAAGCCACAUAUGAUACAUUUAAAGGCUAUCCGGCCAUUGAAUGUUGAUUAACCUUUUAAUGAUAGCUAAAUCAUUUUAAUGAUGGAUAUAUAAUAAGGAAAUGUUAAAGGGAAACUAAGAUAAUGGGGAAGCAGGUGGAGAGAGGAGGGGCUGGAUCUAAACAUUCUCAAUUCCUGGUCUUUUUUAGAUCAAACUAAAACUUAACAGAGAUGUCAGAACUGGAAGACUGAUGGUUGAUUUAAGUAGUCUUCUUAUAGUGUGUGGUUCUACGUGUGUGUGGUUCUAAGUUGAGACUGAUCAAGAGUGUGAUUGAGUUCAUGAGAUGUUUAACAUUCUAGAUUGCUGCUGUAAGUUAAAGUGUAUAUCCUCAGCUUUUUCCAAAACAUGGUUUCUUAAGGUAUUUUCUUUAUGUAGGAGAGAUGCUACUGGUGGCCACCCAAGAAAAGUUGAAUGUUGAAAGAUUCAGCACAAACAAAAGAAAAUACUUUUUCACUCUGCACAUAGUUUACUUCUAGAUCUUGCUCCCCAAAGAUUAAGUGAUGGCCAUCAACUUUAAUGGAUUUAAUAAAGAAUUAGACAAAUUCAUGGUGGAUUGAUCUAUUAAUAACUGUUCAUCAUGAUGGCUGUGUUCUACCUCCACAGUCAGAGGCACUGUACCUGAUGCCAUUUGCUGGGCAUCACAAGUGGGGAGAGUACUGCUCCACUUGGGUCUUGCUUGCAGGCUUCCCAUAGUUGGCCUCUGUAAAAACAGAGUGUUGGACUGGUUAGGUGUUUGAUUUGAUCCAGCAGGGCUCUUUCAUUGCUUUUUCUGGUAUGAGAUCUGGCAGAGGCAGAUAAGAAUAUUUUGUUCCAGUCUCACAACUUCAGAGGUAAUUAUAGAGAUGGAGCAUAUGGUCUGUAGACACAGAGAUGGUGUGAGACUGCCAAGUAAAUGGAACUGUGAGUAGAGGUUUUAAUGGAAGGAGUGGGUCUCAGCUGAUAUCAGCAUAACACUUUUUAUUAACCUCCAGGUGGUACGUGAUCAAGAUUGACUGUAGUAGCACUUGUUUCAGUAGUAACUGACACAAAAUAAAUGCACACAUUCUUAAAUGCAGAAUUAAAACGUAAGUCUGGACAUUUUUAAACACCCUAAAAAGUGCAAAAUUGAGUGACUCUUACUUUUGGGUCAGUAACAUGGAAGCCCUAACUCUGUGCUGUGGAUGAAUGGUGAUUAGCUAGAAUGUAAAAGUCCCACACCAUUAAUUAAUUCUUGACAUUAAACAUCACAAGAGCCUUGAGUGUGCAGGUGUAUUUUUAAGAAAUACAGACAUUUCCUUAGCAUUUUGUGCUUAUUGGAGCUCCAUGAAGAAGUAAUUCAAUAGGAAGUGGGCAGCUAUGGCGGACACUAGUUGUCACUAAACAAGAUUGUGACACAACAAAGAGGGCCUCUGAAAUCCAUACAUGCCUCGAUGUUUUUGGGUGUGCGUGGAGUGUACUGAGAGCCAGUGUGGUGUAGUGGUUUAGAGCGAUAGACUCGUAAUCUAGGGAACUGGGUUCGUGUCUCCGCUCCUCCACAUGCAGCUGCUGGGGGACCUUGGGCCAGUCACACUUCUUUGAAGUCUCUCAGCCCCACUCACCUCACAGAGUGUUUGUUGUGGGGGAGGAAGGGAAAGGAGAAUGUUAGCUGCUUUGAGACUCCUUCGGGUAGUGCUAAAGCGGGAUAUCAAAUCCAAACUCUUCUUCUCUUCUUCCUAGUAUCUCCUUUGCAAAUGGGCUCCAUCACCUAGCCCCCACCCCCGAGCCAGGUCACCUGUGGUCUGAAACGGCUAGGAUUUUGCUGGACGCAGCGUUAAGUCUUAAAGGGGUUACAACUUGCACAAAAACAAAGAAACAUGGCAGCAGUACCGCCAAGCGGCUCCCUUGUGGCAAGCCAUGACUGCUGCCAAAGGCGUGUGGGUUCCACUUCUAGCCACAGCUCCUGUGGAAGUGCUGAUUAUGGGGAAGACAUCCCUCACCAUCCAGGUCUCCCCAAGUCUGACCCUGGGCACUGGUGGGCCAGCUUCUUCUUUGGAAAGACGACCCACCCAGUCAUGACAACUGUGUUGGAAUCCCUAGAGAACCCAGGAACUUUAAAGAUGGCGAACUACAUGAUUACAUGUGGCCUGGCUCAGGAUGUGAUGUGGAAGUGCUACGCCAGUGAGCCCAGCAAACCGAAUACAGUUUCCACUGCAUGAGGAGACUGACACUCCCUGGCCAGAAUCUUCUGACUUGAGCACUAGGAAGCAGAACCCAUUUUCCACUCCCCCUUCCUGUAGAGUAGAGCAAACUGCUUUGAGUACUUCUUAGACACAGGUUUUUAUAGAAGCAAAAAUGGCAACAAAAGGGGAGGGAGGAGAAAUCUUCUCUACCAUCCUUUUCUACAACUUUGUUUUUUUUCAAUGCAGCUGCAUCUUCUCCCCUCUCUCCCCACCCAACAAAGCCUUAUUAACACUUAAUUCUUGUUUUGUACUUGUCUGAUGGAAACUAAUAAAUCCUGAGCAGCCUUCUAAAAAAAUAAAGAAGGUCUCUGCAGUUGAGCACAGUGCUUAAGCAGGGUAGUAGGGCUCCUGCAGGUAUUUUUCAGAGCUUUGUAGGUUAAAACCAAAACCUUGAAGUUGACCCAGUAGUUUAUUGACAGUCACUGCAACUCCUUAAUGAGUGGUACAGUAUGUGCACAGUAGGAUGCUCCACCAAGUAACCUCACUGCAGCAUCCUGCACCAACUGCAGCUUCCAAACCAACCUCAAAGGGAAUUUUGCAUUGAGGGCAUUAUAGUAAUCCAGUCUAGAAGUUACCAGUGCAUAGGUCACAGAAGCCAGGCUGUCCUGGUCCAAGACUUGGAGCAUUUGAUAUAUCAGCCAAAUCCAGUAGAAGGCACUCCUAGUCACCAUAGCCACCUGGACUCCUAUGAACAAAGAAGAGUCACGGUGUACUCUCAAAUGGCAUAUACAGUCCUUUGCAGGGAGUGCAACUCCAUCUAAAAUAGGUUGGUUUCAUCACCCAGCUCCUGGAUUGGAAUCCACCCCCCCAUAGUCUUGCCAGGAUCGAGUCCAUUUCUGCAUCUGGACCCUGGUUUAGGCCUCACCUGAGAUACGACGGAACUGAGUAUCAUUAGCACAUAUGAUAUUCAUACUGUUUUGUUAUACACACAAUUUCAAACAUGGUUCAUGAGAUACUAAGUAGUCUUGAUAAACACCUGUAUUUAUUUAACAAAUGUGACUAAGAUCCUCUGUCUAAACUUGGUAGCUCCAGCCCAUGUCUGCAGUGUAAGAACUAUCCCUGCAAGGUAUUGUUUAAUUCCGUUAAGAGUUACUGUGCCUCAUCUCUAGUGUAUAUUUUCUGAAGCAGAAAUUAAGAGUUGGCUUGUAAGACAUUCAUUAGCCUAUGUGCACAAAACAUUGGUGCAUGCCAUAAAGUUUUUCAGUGGUCUCCUUUCCAUUGUUCCCUGCUGGACAGUUGCUUUUAUGUCAAAAUAGGCUGCACUGAUUUAAAGAAAAUGUGAUGAAUGCUAGAAUAGCAGUCAGGUUUUCUAUUGCAACGAAAACAACAGAGGGUUGGAUCCAAAGCUGUUCCUGUGUGUUGAACUAGAAAAGUGAAACUAAAACCCAAAUAGGUUUUUCCAUGUGUGCAGGCUGCUGCUCAAGUGGAAUCAAAAGAAUUGCUGGAUAAUUUACCUGCAUGAAUGUACCAGGAACUCUCUGUGUGCAAAUGGCUGUGAAACAGCACUAGCAGCUGUUCUAAUUCUUCACAUAGCUCUUUGUGUUUAACACAGGGUUUCCUGUGGCAUAUUAGAGACUGUCUGAUACUGCUUGUAAUUUUGUGUGGUGUAUGUAGAGAUGGAAGAACCCUGCUGUUUUAUCCACAUGUCUCUUCCAUGUUCCCCAACUUCCUUUUCUAGUUGUGUAGCUGCUUCAUAACUUUUCCCGCUUUCCAACCCCACUGCCUCCCAUUUCUGAAGACCUACAGUAGAGACUGGGAUGGUUCUGGUGGGGCAAUGGAAUAGGACAACGUUUCUCAAACUUGGAUCUCCACUCCACUUGUAGUUGGGUCUCCACUCCACUCUCCCUGACCACUGGUCUUGCUAGCUAGGGAUGAUGGGAGUUGUAGUUCAACAGUAGCUAAAGACUCAAGUUUGAGGAUGGUAAUAAUACACUACAUAGUUGAGCACAUGUAAAUCUUACUGAAAUCAACAGGAUUUAAGCAUGCUUAACUGUAGAUUCUAUUAUACCCAGGUUUUUUUGUAAAGUCUUUGUUAUAUUUCCCCCAUUGAAAUUUAUGCUACAUGAACAAAUGCUAUUCUUAGAAAUUUAACUAAAUCCAUAUGCUUUUAAAGAGGUGUUCUCAGUAAACAAAUGUUUAAAGAUGUUAUGUAAGUAUAGAAGAACAGUUUGACAAGAAUACUUGACCCUUUUAAUACUUCUUAAAAAAACAUAGAUUGACACAGCAGAUUCUAUGGACUGGUGAAGUCAAUAGAGGAAAAUCUCCCAUUGAUUUUAAUGCAUGUGUAUUUCAGCUUGAAUGAGUAAAAUUUAACUAAUCUGAAUGGUCCAUUAAAAAAAAAGGUGACAGCUUAUUCCAUGCCAGCUGUGCAUGAAAUCACAUGAUCUUUCUGACCUCCAAAUGCAGUGUUUGGAUUAAAAGCUCUGGUCAUGCAUCUGUCCAUCCCUUUGUUAUGUAAAAACAGCAUAAGCAUAUUGGAGAAUGUGCAGGAUUAAUCAGUUAGUUAAAUGACUGAUUCUUGCUGAAUAAAAUUCCCCUGUUGUUUUCUAUUAGCUUAUGAGAACUAUUUUUGAAUAUCUGAAAAAAUGCAAUUUGUUAGUGCUGUUUGCUUUCACAAAUUGUUUCAAACAUUGUGCUUCUUGUUUCUGCAGUUAGCGAUUUAGUUUUUAUAUUUAUAAUGCCACAAACUUUCUCCUGCAGAAAAAACAGCCUAAGGAUCUCUCUCUAGCAUAUUCUCUUUUCUAUGCAAAGCUAGCACUCACAGAAUAUCAGUCUGAAGUCCUUUUGCCCAUGUUACACGCAUGUAGUCAGUUAUUUUUUAAUAGCAUAUUCCAUCUUUCAAAAUAAUUGGCCAAGUUUGUAAACAAAUAAAUAACUGAAAUCAAACUGAAAACAAUUGUUAGUUAAACGAAGAUAAUUGGUAGCAGGAGUAAUAAUUUGUGUAUAACCACAGCAAAUAAUUGGAGUACAUUGUUCGAGUGAGUAUACUGGGUUUGGGAUAUAAGAAGCUGCCUUAUACCAAGUCAGACCACUGAUCCAUCAGACAGAAAUAUUUUCCCAACUUUACAUGGAGAUUCUAGGCCAGGGAUUAAACCUGAGAUCUUUUGCUUGCAAAGCAUGUGAUUGGCCACUGAACUGUAGCCAAUUGGGUUACAUCCAUUGUGGCUUUGCACUAGUGGAAAUUGCUUCUGCAGUGCAGGCCAUCCAAUUUUCACUGAUCUCUCUGCCUCCACCGCCACUACUGGCCACAUCUACUGCACCUUUCUCUACUGUAUUCCAUAUUGUUGAAGAGUGUGUCUCAGUUUUUAUGAAAAGCUUUUUUCUGGUGCAGCGUAGUCUGCAGUUAAUAAGGGGAAUUGGGGGGAAAAGAGGUGCCCUGACUUACCCAAGCUGAAGUGCUUUCCAGUGGUGACCUUUCUCUAGCAGAUACAAUGCACUAUUAUAUUUGUAUCUCACCCAAUAACCAAAUAGGCCUCAGAACAUUUCCAACAGAACAUUGACUAACAAUAAAAAAACCCCAAAUAAAUAAUUAUAAUUAAAAGGGGUGUCUUUGAAAGUCUUAACGCAGGCUUCCUCAAUCUUGGCCCUCCAAAUGUUUUGAGACUACAAUUCCCAUCAUCCCUGACAACUGGUCCUGCUAGCUAGGGAUCAUAGGAGUUGUAGGCCAAAAACAUCUGGAGGGCCGAGGUUGUGCAAGCCUGUCUUAACGUUAACUUUGUAAGCUAAAACAAAACUCUUAACUACUGGCUUUGUUCAAAUGUCACAUUAAACUGUAAUUGUGUUAAAAAAGAAGUUUGUGGAUUUUACUAAAUACGCAAGAAAUUAUUAUUUGAGCAAAACAAGCCACAAUCUUUGAAUCAGAUGUAAAGCUAAGCCAAAAAUUGUGGUUUGUUUGUCAUGCUAGUGAGGAGGAGCAAAGCAGGUGAAAUCAGCGCGUUCCUAAUAAAUGAUUAACUUUAUUUCAUAAUGACAUGCAAACUGAGCCACUGUUUCCUGCUUGCAGUCUGGCUGACUUUUCCACAUAUUUGCUUGCAACUACCUUCAGUUUUGAUUCCACCUCACUGUUUUUGGACUGUGGGAAGAUACAGUCAUACCUUGGUUGACAAACACCUUAGCAGUCAAACGUUUUGGCUCCUGAACUCCACAAACCCGGAAGUGAGUGUUCCGGUUUGCAAACAUUCUUUUGGAAGUCCGGUGGGGCUUCCACAGCUUCCAAUCGGAAGCUGUGCCUUGGAAAUCGAACGUUUUGGAAGUCGAAUGGACUUCCGGAACAGAUUCCGUUCGGCUUCCAAGGUACGACUACAAGAAGGCAGAGGGUGCUUGCAUGCUUAGCACCUUCCUAGCAAUAGCUGGCCAGGGCAAGCCUUUCCUUCCUCUUCUUUCCACUUCUACUUCAACACGCAUUGAUGGUGACUGUGAGAGCUCCUUAGCUCAGUGUGCUCUGUACACUUUCCCACACACCCUGCUUUGUUGGAAGUGCUUGGGAUGUGCUAGUUGUGGUAGCUGUUCUCUGGGCAUCCAAUGCACUGGAAGAGGAGGAUGAGUUUACAUAUGCAGCUGCUAUACUGUUAGAAAGGUAGUAGCCACAACUCUGGCUAGUGGCACCUCAUCUUUAAUAGACUGAAUGCAAUAAUGUAUUGAUUAGUGUCACUUUUUGUGGUCACCAGCAAGGGAAAGAAGAUCUUGGAAUUAUAGUAGAUUGAGUUAUUCUUGGUGCUCUGGAUAGAAAAAUAAAAGCAAUGAUGCAGUGUUUUUCCAUUUCCUUAGGAGGUGGAAUCAAGAUGUUCCUUUAGUACUUGCAGUAUACUGUCUGCUGUACAUUUUGCAGCUUCUCCCAACUGAAUUUGAAUAUUUGUUACUAGACAUUAGAUGAAUUUCUUAUCCUGAAGGAUUGGUUAUCAUCUAUAAUUGGGUUUGAAAUGAAGAGAUUCUUGCCAAAUAAUUCAACUGCCAGGCACCCUUCUAAAUUAUCCAGCAGCAGAAGCUGGGUGUUUCCCAACCCUGGGUCUCCAGGUGUUUUUGGACUACAACUCCCAUCAUCCCUAGCUAGCAAGACCAGUGGUCAGGGAUGAUGGGAACUGUAGUUCAAAAACACCUAGAGACCCAAGGUUGGGAAACACAGAUCUUACUGAAGCAUGCAUAUAAGGGAAGCAGUGGCUCGUACUAAAUCUCCAUUAUAUGUAGGGAUUGGCCCAUUUUACUGUUCACAACUUUGCCUAAAUUAGGGGUGGCUAAUAGAAUGCUGUAGAAUCUUUUCCAUCAGUCCAUUUUGUGAAUUCAUCACUGGCAUUCGUUGUGGUUUCCAAUUUCUUUGAAGGGUUCCGUUACAUAGAAAGCUUGGAAAUUUGGAGAGCUUUGGCACAAUGCAAAAGAUGAAGAUAUUCUGUGUCUGCUGUGUAACUGUGUAUCUCCUUCCUCCUAAUAGUAGGUGUUUUAAACUAGAUACCAAUUAUUUCAAGCAAACCAAAAUGGUUUCCUAAAAUCUACAUUGAAAAAUUAAAGCUAGUUGUGUUGGUCCAUGAGAAUAGAUUCCAAAAUCUAGAGUUAGACAGUAUAUUUAUUAGGACAAACCGAAAAGUCACACACGUGUGACAGGCUUUUAACUUGCCAUACUCCCUGCUUUGUGUGACAUCUAGGCCUGAUGGAAGAAUUCACAGAGAACUUGAAAACUUUCAAUACUGUUGUGACAUUUCCCAACUGUGGAUCUUUUGACACUUCCCCCAAGAAGCUAGUGCAUCUGUUAAAUCUAAAUCCAUUUUCUGUCAAAUGUCAACACUUGCAGAUUGUUCAUAUAUACCUUAUUUACACUUUCUCGUAGUUAGCACAGGUUGCUAUUUAGAAACAAAUGCCUUAAAUAGUAUAAACUGCACUGAAAUCAACACAGAAUUGUUGAAAAAAUUCUUUUAAGUCAGGGGUUGUCUGGGGCCCACUAGAGGUGGCUGAAAAUUGCUGAUGCCCACCAGUCACAAAAUGGUAGUGCAGUGACACAGCCAGUCUCAACGUAAUGGCAGAUGGAAGCAGAAUGUGGCAUAAUCAGUUGAGAAUUACAGGCACCAUUUUGUACUGAUAUCUAAUCCAUCAGCUUUUCUCCAUUAAGUAAGAAGGGGAUAGAGAAAGAGAAGAAUCCCAAACCAGUUGGAGGGGUAUGGUGAUCCCUUGGUCUGUUAUACUACUAGAGAAGCCUCAGGAGUGUGAUUUAAAGAAGACUGGGAAACUGACAUAAAGAACCACCUUGUUUAGGAACCCAAGUAUUAGAAGCUAAGUUGUAACACCUAUAUAAAUUAGCUGAAGAAACUGUGUGUUUACCACCUUGUUUAGAAGUCUGUAACAUCCACUGAAUUUAAGAUAUACAGUACUGUAUAAGUUUAGCUGUUUCUUGAUAAAAUUCUAUCUCCUGGCACACUUUAUGUUUUACCAAUUUUUUUCUAAAACAAAAUCUUUUUCUUGUUUAACUUCCCCAAGUCUCCAAGUGCCAGACUUUAAAUAACCAUAAAUUAGCCUGUAGUUAAGAGCGGGUUUGCUGCAACCACUCUGGGGAAACAGCAUGCUGGAACGGAUGGACCAAUUGCCUGAUGCAGCAGAGUUUUUCUUCUGUUUUAGAAAUCUUAAAAUGAAUCUAAUAGUGUAAUGAACUUCUUUUUUUAGGAAAUCAAGCCCCAAGCACAUUAUACCCAUGGAUACAGUGAAUCUCUUGGGCGCAAAAGUCACAUUGAUGAUUAUAGCACAUGGGAUAUCGUCAAAGCUACACAGUAAGUGGGUUUAUUUGACAGCUUGUCUAUUUUGGCACCAUGUGGAAAACAAUCCUCUGAAAAUGUCUGCAUAAAGAUUUUGAGGAACGGAACAGCAAUUUUGGACUGGUACUUCUUGAAAAGUCUGUGGAGGAAAGAAAGCGUAUGCAAAUGCACUUCAGUCUUGUUUGUCUGUAGCUUCAGUUUAAGAAUCCAAUAAUGUGAGUGUUAAAAUAAUUAGAAUAAAAGCGUCACAGAGUAUAUUUUUACCCAGUUACAUUUCACCAGUCCUCUGUUCGCCAGCCCUACUACCCUCUUCCUGCCAGCUACUUAACACUGCAAAGACAGCAGCCAUUACUACAAUAUAUGCUUUUGCCCUGUUACUCUCCUAAUGCUGCAGCUGUUGCUACCAACUGUUAAAGUGUGAAAGUAGGAAGAUGGGAGGGUGGGUGUCCAAUCCUGGUAUCCACUGAAAUGUGGACAUGUUUAAGGGGCUGUGUUCAGUGUAGGAGAGACUAACCCAGCACAAGUGGAAACAAAGGAAGAGCAAACAGUCACUUGUGCAUUGUGGAGUUUUGAGAGGACAUUUACUGAGACCUUUUGCAGACAUAGGAAGUAUUGGCAGACACGCUGGUGCUUGUAGGUGAUGCAUUGGUGACCCCUGCACUACACCAUGGAAACAGUACACCUUGAUUGAUGUAGCUAUUUUUCUGCCUUCUCUCAUUUCUCAGAUGUGAUUAUACUUGAAUCAUAUCUCUUCAUUCAAGCAGGUACCUAUGCAGAGAGCCACCAACAGCAGUUUUAAUAAUGGAAGUGCCAAGAGAAGAGGAAUUUGUAUUUAAUCUCUUCUAUAGUUCCCCCCUCUUCACAGUCUAGUGCUAAGAUUUACUUAAUAGAAUCACGGUCAUGCAGAGUGUGCAUUGUUCUUCCCAUAGCUGUAAUACUAGAAUAAAGGUGUUUGUCUUACAAAUGUGAUAACUUGGAGAGCAAAAUGAGAUAAAAUUGAAGAUGAAUUAUCUUCCUUCUGUUCCCAAGAUCCAGUUUCAGGUUGUAAGUUAAACUGGAUAACAGCUGGAAAAAGAUUUCAUGCAAAUAUAAAUGGUGAUGAUAGUGUUUUACAUUAAGAUAUUAGUAAAAGCUGUUUUAUACUUAAGAGAAAUGUGGAAGUGAGCACCAUCUAAUGUUUUGCCUAAAAAUAGCAAUAGUGUUUUAAUAUCGGAACACUAAUUUUCUUCUCUGCUGUCCCUGAACAAGCUAAGAUUGUGCAUUUAGUUAAUAGUAAAGCCCAAAAUUAAUGGUUUAUAGUAGAUUGAAGGUUUAUGUUACUUUUGCUUUAGUUAUGCAAAGUAAACCUCAAUUUUGCAUUUGUAUGUGUAAAAGUAAACCUGAAAACCAUUUUGUCUAAACUGUGGAAGUACAGUGGUACCUCGGGUUACAGACGCUUCAGGUUACAGAUGCUUCAGGUUACAGACUCUGCUAACCCAGAAAUAGUACCUCGGGUUAAGAACUUUGCUUCAGGAUGAGAUCAGAAAUCAUGCGGCAGCAGCGGGAGGCACCAUUAGCUAAAGUGGUACCUCAGGUUAAGAACAGUUUCAGGUUAAGAACGGACCUCCAGAACGAAUUAAGUUCUUAACCCGAGGUACCACUGUAGUAUGGAAUCUUACAAGACACUGUAAUAAUAAGUUAGGAUACUUAAAGUGUGGUACAGUAAGCCUGCAACUUGCAUGCAUUUAACUUGUGCACAUUCAAUGUUAUCUGAGCAGGAAAAAAAAGAAAGAAAGAAAGAAAGAAAGAAAGAAAAGAAAGAGGGUGGGGUUUGGGGGAAAAUGACUUUGGCAAUCCCACCUGCCAUUGAAUCAAAUGGGUUUUGACAAUACACAAUUUUGGCUUUAGUAAUUAAUCAUGGGUGAUAUCCAAUGUUUGUCCUACUUGGAGUAGAACUAUUGAAAUCAAUGGGCAGGUAAAUUUUCACUUAUUUCAGUACGUUUACUCCAGGUAUGACUUAAUUAGAUCUUGCUCCAUUUGCUUAAGUAUUUAGAAACAGUAAAAUGCAAGGCUUGCAACAGUAUCAUAAAAUAUACAUUCUUACUGUGAUUAAUCUAAUAUGACCAACAAAUUUGGCCUCACCUUGGUUUCAGUACUGAAAAUGUAUUCAGUUUUUAUUGAAAUAAUUGAUUGUGAAGGGCAAGCACAACUUGACAUCUGGGACCUUGGAAGUAUGUGAAGGGUAGACUGUGAAUAAACUACAGCUCGCAUCAAGGAACAUCUGAGGAAGGAAAAUAAAGUAACUGAGCUCCAUGGUGACACACUGGUAUUUUUGAUAGAUUGUGUCCUAUGUUUUUAAAAUCACAGACACAGUAUAUAUAAAAUAAGAUAUUAGGAUUCAAAUCUGCUUUGUCUUUAUUAGUCAAAAAUAUCUGAUUAGCAUAACGGAAUCUUUUGUCUAGGUAUGGAAUUUAUGAACGUUGUCGAGAGUUGGUGGAAGCGGGCUACGAUGUACGGCAACCAGAUAAAGAAAAUGUUACACUUCUUCACUGGGCUGCAAUCAACAAUAGAUUAGAUUUAGUGAAGUAAGUAGUACUCUGCUACCAAAAUGAAUUCAUCAUUAGAAGCAUACAUCAAUAAAACCCUGCUAUAUUAGAAUAAAUGAGUGCAUUAAAGCAAAGUAAUUUAAAUAGCUAUGACUUUUUAUACUGCAUGGUUUUGUGUCACUCCCCAAAGCUUCAUUCUACCAACUUCUGCAGGUAUAAGACUGUGACCCUUCUUGGCCACAUUGGUUCCUUCAAGGUUGCAUUACUACAAUGCACUUUUAUGUGGAGCUUGCCUUGUGGCUGAUCUGGAAACUGCAGUUAGUGCAGAACUCUGCAUCGUGAUUACUGAUGGGAGUGAGAUUCUGUCAACAUAUUAUACAUGUGCUCAAAGAUUUGCACUGGCUGCCAGUUUUUUUCUGGUCCAAAUUCAAGGUUUUACUAAUUGUAUGUAAAGGCCAUAACAACUUAGGGCCAGUUUACUUCAAGAAUCACAUUGCCUACACAUGCCUAGUUGACUGCUUAUAUCUGUAGAACUUGCACUUUUACAAGUGCCACAUAGUAUUUGUUCUGCAUUUGCAAGGAGUCGCUGUUUUAGUGUAGCAGUACAUGUCCUUUGCAACUCCUUACCUAUUGAUUUUAUCUGUGUGGUAAUGAUAAUUAUUUCAUGUAUAUUGUUUUUAAAUAGUUUUGAAGGUGUUGGGUGUGUUUUAACUACAAUUUUAUGAUGCAUACUGCUCUAAUUAAUAGCUUAUAAAUAUUUCUAAAUAAAUAAAUAUAGAUGAUACCAAAAAUGAAGUCAACAUUACUUAUGGCUUUUGGUUGUCAUUUUUUUUAACAGUAUAUUUCAAUUUUCCUGUGCAGUGAUGUUCCAUAACAUGUGUUAACUGAUCUGAAAAGGAUCUGUUGUUAGGCAGGUCAUCAGAGAAUCACAGGAACACUGCUUAGUGCGGAGGGGAGGCGGACCAUCAACAGACUUCUUAUGCAGCCUCCUAGUAGCUAUGGAUUUCACUAGAACUGUAGAUAUCAGUUUGCUCAUAUUGAUGAGCUCUAUAGAAAUGCAACUUCUGAGAUUUUAUUCAUAAGAUUAUAUAUAUUCUAUGAAAAAUAACAAAAAUCCUCAAGAAAGCAGAAUAGGGAGACCAUUUAUUUAAAAAAUAAGAUAAAUGUAGAAAAACCAACAAAUGAAAAACAUUGCUUUUAAGGUCCCGAAGAAUAGAAAGUAUUGUUUUGUCACUGAAAAGAUAGAUGCACAGGCAUCAGGCAAGCAUUCUGGGGGGAGAAAUUCCAUAAAUGGUGUGUCACAACUGAAAAUAUCCUUUCUCCAGUCAUCAUCCACCUCAUCAGUGAGGCGCACUCAAAAGAAAGCAUUGCAGAUGACCUCAGUGUACAAGGAGGUUGAUGUUGGACACUGGUUUUACACUGCCGUAAGACUUCUGAGGAUGCGCCUUGAAUUGUGAUGUUUUAAAUUGCAGUGUUUCCUCUCUACAGUGGAUAUGGACUUGUGUGUGGUGUGAUUUUCUUUCCUCAGUCAAAAAGUAAUGCUGAUAGCAUGGAUACUCUCCCAUGUCAAAACUUUUUUCAUGAGUUAAUUGCUGUAUGUUAAAAUAAAUGAUAAUUAUAAAUAUGUUAUUUAACCUCUUGUCACUAAAAGUACCUGGUUUCUCCUUAAUCUUAAGCCACUGUUAUAAAGGAGAACAUAAUUACUGGGCAAGCUGUGAAAUUAUAUUCAUUUCCAUAGUUGCUCUUAAGAUGUGUUACACCUCUUUAUAACCAUGUCUUUAAUUACUAUCUUACAUUACUACAUUUGCACCUGUUUUAUGACUGCAGGUACUACAUAUCAAAAGGUGCUAUUGUUGACCAGCUAGGAGGGGACCUGAACUCCACACCACUUCACUGGGCAACAAGGUGGGGAAGAUUUCAGCGUUUUUCUCUUCAGUUUUGUCAGAGGAAAUUUGUUGAUAAUUAUUAAUCACUGCAUCUCAGAGAGGACAUUGAAGAGCUGGAAAAGAUGCAGCCAAUGCAGCCAAAAUGAUCAAGGGGCUGGAGAAAUGUCCUCAUGUAGAAAGGUUACAAGUUUGAGGUUUCUUAGUUGGGGGGGGGAGAUAAGGGGUAGGGGCAGGCAUGAUAUGUGCAAAUAAAAUUAUGCAGGGUGUGGAGAAAAUGAAUAUGAAGAUGUUUUUCUGUUCUGUCAUCAUGCUAGAAUCUGGGUCAUCCAGUGAUGUUGUAUGGUAGGUGAGCCAGGGCAGACAAAAAGAAGUACUUCUUGACAGUGCAUAGUUAAACUAAGGCUUUUAUUACCAAAAGAUGCAGUAAUGGCCACCAACUUGGGUAGCUUUAAAAGUGGAUUAAGUGAAUUAAUGGAGGAUAAGGCUGUCAAUUCCUAAUAUUAAUGAUGAUUAUAUAUUGCCUUCAGGAUUGGAGGCAGCAUGCUGCUGAUUAUGAGUUGCUGGGGAACAACAGUGACAGAAAGGCACUUUCACUCAUGUCCUUCUCUUGAUUUUAUUUAUAGAUAGUCUGUUUAUAGAUAGUAUGAAUAUAUUUGUAUACUGCUAUUCAAAACAAAAUAUUUAAAAUGAGCACAGACAAUAAAAACCACGUAGAAGUUUUAAAAACAGAUUGGUUUAGUUACAGAAAGAUAGAACUUCCAGGUGCUUGGCUGUCCAAAUUGUUAAUGACUAGAAAUAUCCCAAAUAAAAUUCUUAUCUUCUGUGUGGUUUUGACAACAGGACAAGUUGACUAAGUAUAUUUAAAGUAGCUUAUUCUUGAGCAGUUAAAAAAAUUGGGGUGGGAGGAUGUUUUUGAGUUCUUGGAACAAAACCCCAAAGUAGAGUGCUAUCCACGCAGGAUUGUGUGACUGAAUAAACAGCUGGCACAGAUGUGCUCCAAACACAGCUAUUGCAUUGGGUGGCUUAUUCAGGUCACAUCCUCACCAUACAUUUAAAGCACUCUUAUACCACUUUGGCAGUCAUGGCUUGCCCUGCCACAAAACUCCUGGGAGCUGUAGUUUGUUAUGAGUGCUGAGAGUUGUUUGGAGGCACCUCCCAGGGCUACAAUUCCCAGCAUCCGCAACAAACUGCAGUUCUCAGGAUUCUUAGAAUGAAGUCAUGACUGUUAAAGUGGUAUAAAAUUGCUUUUAAUUUAUGGUGUCGAAAUGACCUCGCUCUUACGGGUUUGCACUAUUUUUUUCCAUUGCAUCUUCUUUCUACUUGUGGAACCCUGUUGUCUUACUUAACUUAGGACAAAGUGUCUAGUGGAUAGAUGACCCUGCCAGAUAUCAGGGGAUCAGAUACACGUUUGCUUCCUUCUAUCUGUGCAUUUAUUUGUACCAAAAUAAAAAUAAACCUGUGUUGCUUAACUAGGAUUCAAAAUACAUUGCAAACCCUGUUUUUGAGUUCUUGAUUUGUUGAACCUUAAUGUUUGUCAAUGUAAAGUUCUUAAUGUGGUUUACUACAGUCUAAAGCUUUUUCAAUCUUAUAUUCUUAUUAUUUCAGACAGGGUCAUUUAUCAAUGGUUGUACAGCUAAUGAAAUACGGUGCAGAUCCAUCAUUAAUUGAUGGGGAAGGAUGUAGUUGUAUUCACUUGGCAGCUCAGUUUGGACAUACCUCGAUAGUUGCUUACUUAAUAGCCAAGGGGCAGGUAUGUAUGUACUUAACUUUCUGUAGUUUUUAGUGGUGGUAGAAUCUAAAGACCCAGUCUUCCUGGGUUUUUAAAACACAUCCUUAUAUAUCACAAAAUGAGGUUGUUCUCCAGAUUAAUAAGCUACUAUUAGAGCUGUAAUUCUUUGCACACUUACCUCACAGCAAAUCCUGUUUAACUCAGUAAAAGUUGUUUCUGAAAUAAUCAUGCUUAGGAUUGCACCAUCAAUUUUGCAUUGUUUGAAUAAAAACCCUUGAUCAGUUGUACCAUACCUAAGCAGUAGGACCUCCACAUUUUACUCCAUGUUUCUCUCUGAGCUCUUCAUUAUUCAAGGAUCACAUACAGUAGCACCUUGGCUUACAUUACCCUUGGGUAAUGUAAACUUUGGGUUGUGAAAGUGGCAAACCUGGAAGUGUUUCGCCGCGCGUGCAUGCUUAGAAGUGCUCUACAGCGCUGCGCGCAUGGGCAGAAGCAGUCCCUCCAGUUGAGGAAACCUCGGGAUCUGACUGGAGCUCCGGAAUGGAUCCUGUCCGCAUUAUUACAGAAAUUAAUUAGGUGGAGAUAAUUUUUUUUACAUUUUUUGGCCAAGACAUUCUACUGUUAAACACUAAUUUGUUCUCCUUUUCAUUGAUGAUGAUGAAGAAUAAGAUAACAACCAGUUAUAAGGUCAGUAAGUUUUUUAAGCGUUGCACUUGUAUUAAAAGAUAAAUCAGUCCCUGCCUGAAAGUGCACAGUCUUAAAAAUAAAAAGGAAUGGGAAGGAAAAUAGAGUAUGUCUAGGUAAAAUUUCAAUGUGUAAUCCAAAAAAAAUAAUUAAUAUUAAGGAUGUUCCAUUCUUAAGGUACAUUGUUCAUGUAAGUCUCUGGUUUACCUAGAUCUAAAGGGUAGGUAUGUGUGGGUAGGUAGCUAUAAUUCAAUGUAUUUUCUCCUCAGAAGUGUUAAUGAUAUUGUAUCCGAUGUUAGUUAACAUGGCUUAUUCCAAGUGCAACUUGGUUGGAUGCAAUCCAUUGGGUUGCGCCUGACCAAGUUAUACUCUGAAUAAACCCAUUGACAUUAAUGGGCUUUAGUGGGUCUAUUCUGAUUGUCAGUUUUGAGUACAACAUGGUCAGAUACAGACCGUGAUGCAUCACAAUUUUUUUCCUGCUGCUGAUUGCUGUACAUUUUUCUUACAUUUGUAUUCUAGAUAGUGCAUCUGCUUAAUAAAAUGUAUGUAUGAAAUAUAAGGUCUGUGCAGAUGCAGCACCAUGGUCUAGCAGUCAGAGUUGAGGUCUAGCAGAAUCAACAAGGAUACUCCCCCAGUUCAAUUCCCUGUUGUAAGUCAUCCAUCAAGGUGACCAAAGCUGUCUGUUUCCCAUAACCAGGCCUGAAACCAUAUUGAAAUGGAUCUAUAUAAUCCAUCUCAUCAAGAAACCCAUGGAGCUGAGAUACCACCACACAUUCCAGUACCUUGCCCAUACAGUAAAUGGGAUAUUGGAAACUUGCCAAUAAUUAUCCAAUAUGGUGUGAUUCAGGGAGGGCUUUUUCAAUUCGUAUAGGUCUUAUAAAUGCUGAGACCCUGCCUUGUUUUAAGCAAGGCAUUGAUCACUCCCUUUAUCCACUCAACCCAUGACCCACUGGCCCUUUAAUGAGCCAGGAAGGGCAGGGAUCUGGCACAGAUGUGGUAAGUCUCAGAUUUCCAAAGAUCCUUUCCAUGCCCUUGAGCUGCACAAGUUGAAAAGCAUUCAUUAUCAUGGGACAAGCAGGGCUCAAAGUUACAUCUAAUGGACCUGUAUCAAAUCUUCAUGGUUUUCGAGUUUGUCCCUGCAUAUGCAGAUUAUUUCUGAGCAUCUGUGACACUUAAAAGGAUUGAACUGUAGAUUAACUUUAACCAAUAUGAUAUUGUUAAACACGAGGAAUUUCAGAUUAUUGUUCACGUCCAAAGAUUCCUUUAGUCAAACUGCCAAAGUCUUGUACCUAUAGAGUGGAAUAUUCUUGAUUCUUAACUUUCUUACAUUGCACAAAAUGUAUGAUGUACAACAAGGUUCCCUCCUCUUUGAAAGCUGUUUGAAACAUGGCAUGGAAGCCAUGUUCAAGAAACAGAAGUGGGUCCCCAGAACCAGUCGAACAUUUCUUUGGAUCCUGCCCAGUGUGAUUAUUUCAUUCUUCCUACUUCAUUGUUAAUUCUGAUUGGAAGAUGUACAUAUUAUUAUUUGGGUAGUUCAUUUGCAAAAAUGGCAGAGUUGUAACAGCAGAUGGUGCUGUAGCAUAUAUUAUGAUGUUUGAUCUCUUAUAUUACAUGCAUACAAUGUGGUUUAUUAUGCAUUUUGCAGUGUGUGAAAAACUCACUAUUUAAAAUAUUUGCUUAUUUACAUCACUGUACCAUUUAACACCAUUUAACAGAGAUGGGAAACAUGUGGUCCUCCAGAUGUUCCUGGACUACAGUUCACUUCAUCUGGGGCCAUUGGCUAUUGUGACUGGGGCUUAUGUAAGUUGGGAGUCCUAUAACAUCCAAAGGACCACAGGUUCCUACCCCUGGUUUAUAAUGAUUUAUUGACCCCUUCCAGACUAGACACCUGGAAGUUUGUCCUUGAUAUUUUUUCUUCAACUUCAAUAAAUGUGCAUGUCUGAUUACUGUUGCUCUUUUCAUCAGGAUGUAGAUAUGAUGGAUCAAAAUGGAAUGACUCCUUUGAUGUGGGCAGCUUAUAGAACACACAGGUAAUUUGCUCAUUCAAAACUAGACCAAUCUGAAGCUUUUUGUACUAAUCAAAUAGAAUAAUGAACUAUACAAAAUGUGUAAUAUAUUUUUACCUUAGAGUUGAUUAAUCUUUUUUUGUUAUUUUAGUAAAGGGAGCUUUAUUUCUAAGAAUUCAUGAGCAGGAAAACUGAUUCAGCAUUACAGGAAUGUCACAUUGGGACCAACAUUCCUAGCAUGUUUUGUUGACAUAUGUUGAAAAUAUUUGUCUUUGUGGCAUUUACACAAAGUGGAUUUGUUACACACUUUCCUUCCAGUUAUCAUCUUCAGAGACAGACACAAGGUAUUUUCUAGGGUCAGCGCACCUCCCCCAUUUUCAAAAUUCUGUCCCAACUUUAGGUUAUUAUGGAGAAGAAGAGUCAAAAUCUUUGGACUACAUCCAACAUUAAACGUACUCACAAUAAGCCCUUUUGAAAUGAAUGGACAUAAUCAGUUCUAUUUUUCUAGAAAAAGAGGUACCGUAAUUCACCAUGAACACCUCCCUUGUUCUCUUACAAUGGCAAUGGCACCCACCUGAAAGGUGCUGUAACUGUGUUCUGGUGAGCUCUGGCUGAAAAAAAGUCUUGAACAUGACUAACCUAACCCUGCUAAUUUCAGUAGUCUACUCUGAGCAGAAGCUGGCUAUUUUUUGUGUGUUUUCUGAGUAGUCAAAUAUUCUUCUGAUUGAACUGUCACCAGUAUUGUCUGUGUUAAGAAAAAUAAAACUUUUGAAAAGGGGCUAAAUAGUAAUACUGUUUUCGAAAGAAGGCACAUCACAUUUUGAAGGCAGGUCCAAUUGUAUGUCUAAACCAGGUUGGGGGUUUUCAGACUAUGGUCUGUGGCUGUGAAGAGCACACAAUUUUAAUUAUAUGGAAUUCAAAUUGUAAGACAAUGAAAUAAAAUACAAUAUAAGAAAUGAAAGAAGUAAUACAAUACAUUUAAGAAUCAUACGGCAUCUAGCACAUAGCGGUUUGGGGACCACUGAACUAUGUGUUCUCACUCCCUCCCUCUGUUAAUAUCCUAGAUAUAAGCUGAAAUGUCAUUUUUGUGAUUUCAUGUUGAAAUUGACCCCUGGGCAUCUGAGAUAAGGAGGGGGAAGAAUAUUAAUUCAUGCAAUGCAGAUCAAAUAUCUAGUCUUGUCUUAAAAUUGCUAAUGAUCUUUUUUUUUUACCGCUUCUGGGAAUUGGGGCCCUCUGUAUAAAAUGCUGCCUCAGAGAGUAAAAAAACCAACCCUAAUCAUUAGCUCUUAUUUUAUAGAGUAUUUUAUAGAGUUCCAUGGAAGAAAAUCCCCUCCCCCUGCUCAUUAGUGCUUUUAAUACUGGAGAAAGAAAUCUGAUUAGUAUUGAUCAAAUAAAUUAUCUCCAAGGGGAUCUGAUCCCGGGAUUAAUUUGAAGAUAAUGAUAAGUCCAUGUUUUUAUAGAUUUAAUUUUGCUUUUAUUUUGCAGUGUGGACCCCACUCGGUUGCUACUUACUUUUAACGUUUCAGUGAAUCUGGGAGACAAAUAUCAUAAGAACACAGCGCUACAUUGGGCAGUGCUAGCAGGAAAUACCACAGUGAUUAGUCUUCUACUAGAAGCUGGAGCAAAUGUUGAUGCCCAAAACAUCAAGGUAAAUCUAUGUUUGUUCUAACAGAAACCUGCACGUUCGGUUGGUUGGUUCUGAGCCAUGUGAAAAUCAGGUACUCCUGUUCAUACAACUAUGGGAGGUUCUCCCACUUGCAUCCUGUACAUCCAUGAACCCUCUUUCCUAUUAUUCUAAACCCAUGCUCACUGCUAUGCUUUUCUACCCUCAGUCCCUAACAUUUCAUGCACACCCUCCCAUCCCUCCCACCCACACUCAUGGUUUUAGUAAUCCACCUUUGUUCUUUGAGCUGCCAUGACUUGGAUUGGGCUAGUUUAACUCCCUUAUCUCCUUGAGCCGUUUCCCACUUAGCUUCCUGCCACCCCAGUUGUAUCCAACAAUGGUUAUUCUCAGAAUAAACCAAGUUAAAUUAAUGACUAACCUAAAUCCAGUUGGAUACAACCCAGGGUUUAUUACAUUGCUUUCCUACAAAGCAAUUUUCACUUAAAAUUUUCUACUGUCAAUAUGUUUUUGUUUACUUCUAGAUCUCCCUAAAUACAGCUCCUCUAGUCUGGAACAUUUGUGUUUUCUCUUCAGUUAAUGGCAAGCAGCAGUAUGCCAUGGUACCUUUCUGCAGACAUACUUCUUCAUAUGAAGCAAUGGGAUACCAAUAAAAAGAAACAACAUAUAAAAACAUGUAACCACAUACAUAAAUAAAGUACCAUAUUAAUAUGUUAUAGAUAAAACUCAGGAAGCUUUCUCCAUCUUGGCAGAUAAGAGUUGAAGGGAGAAUAUUUAGUUUUUGAAAUGUUUGGAAGAGAGAAUAAACAAAAGUGGUCAGAUACUUGAACUGAAAGGUCCUAUUCAUAAUAUUAGUAAAAUGCUGCAGGCUAAUAAUUUGAAGCAGGUAUCUCUUGGAAGCCACCAGCAGGCCACUUUCACUUGAUUGCACCAGGAAGCUAAAUAAUCCCUCCCUUUCACUCAGUACAGUAGAAGAAAUUAUGUAUCUUUGUGCCUUUUGUUGACUCUGUAUUGGGGAUUAAAAGCUCUCUCUCUCUCUUUGUUUUCAAGUAUUGUGCAAAAUCGUAGGUAUUCUGCCAUAUUUUGCCAGUCCAUGCUGUUUUGUUCCUUUUACCUGUUGUUUUUCUCUUUUCCUUAUCCUUAAUAGACCCAGAGUAGAGUAAACAUAUGUCUGUGUUGUCUCUACACCCUAAUCUGUGUACGAUGGACAAUACACAUUGGUUCUGCUACACUGCCUGUUGGUAAAAAUAUUGAUCGGUUGAUGCAAAAUAUUGCCACCUAUUAAGAAUAUACAGCUAUUGUAAUCUAAAUGCAUGUAGGACAGCAGGUAGGCUUGCCAUAUUUCAAAAAGUAAAAUUCCUGACACUUUCAAAGGAAAAAAACCAGGGGUAAGGGUCACUGGCACGGCCUCCCCCCCAACCCCCCCCCCAAAAAAACCAACACACAUCCCCCAGCAUCUCCAAGAGCUGAUACUUCUUCUAGCAGGGAAAGAAAGGGAGAUUCUUUGUUGAGAGUCCCCCCCCCCCCGUCUCCCCGCUUUGGGAGAGUGGGACUGAGGAGAUAAGUUCCUUUGGACCUUCUCCAGAGCAAGUAGCCACAGGUGCCCUGUUCCCUUUUAGACAGACUCCUCGCCUCCUGCUCUGCAUCCUGAAAAGGGGAGUGAUUGUCUUCCUUGAGGCAGCAGCCAUGGCAGCUUCGAGAUGGUAACGCAGGAACUCUUGAGGGAGGAAGGUGGGGGCAGGAUAAACUGAGUCAUCUUUAUUUUCCUCUCCCAACGGUUGGUGGGUGCUGGGGGCUGCUCUUGCCCUCUUUCCACUGUCCUCCGGGCUCCCCUCCUCCUCCUCAGUUGGGGCUGCUGUGUGUGGGGAGGCUGGGGGCACGAGCGUGCUUUUGGUCUCCCACAUAAGAGGGGACAUUCCUUCUACUACUCGGGGGCGGGGACGACGACGACAGAAAACAGAAAUAAAAAACCGGUUUUCUAUACAUAUGGGAAAUUUCAGACAUCUCUUAAAAUUCAAAAAAUUUCCCCGGGAUGCCAUUUUAGGCGUCCAAUUUCCUGGUAUGUCAUGAAUUUUCCAGACAUAUAGCAGGCCUACCUGUAAGGUACAGGCGAGUACUAGUUGCAGCCAGCAAAAUUCAGACUCCUGAGGUGACCUCUUGCUGUAGUUUGCUUUGUGCUCCUUGAAAUUGCAAAGCAAGUGUUGCAAGAGUAAAGAAUAUAUACCUUUACUCGUUUUUUCUUCCCUAUCCUAAUCUUUAGAACUCUUGCACAAAGACUCAUCCCAUGUUACGUCAAAUGGCCCAGGUUGAGGGAAGGAGAAAGGAAGUUACAAAAGUUUGAAAGUGGCCUUAUUCCUCGCUCUCCCUCUGGGCCGUAUAAAGAAGGCUGGGAAGAGAAGCAAAAAAGACAAUGGAGAAGGAUUCAUCAUUGCCUUUCCCUGGCUGAGUUGCCUGCAGAGCUAGUUGCUGAUUUACUUUUUUAGGAUGUCUAAAAAGUAUACCGAUCCUACUCUUGAUAAAACACUGAUGUAUGUUAAUGCAGAGUUGGAUUUAUGCAAUAUGAAAAAAGGUGACUCCUUGAACUGUUAGCUGUUGCAAACUAUGUGUUGUGAGCUGCUUUUGACUUCUCAGGGCAUUGUGUCUUCAAAAAGAGUAAUUCAGUUGAAGUGACACAGUGACCAUCUGAUUGUAUCUCAGGUCUGAAUGAACUUUUUACUUCAAAUUUCCCUUUAUGGUGUGAGCAAACAAAUCAGGAAACCUCUAACUAACCAUAGCUCCCCGUUUUGUCCAGACUGGGAAAGUGUUGUCAGGAUGUUACACCAACUUGAGUGUGUGCUUCCAGAGUCUGCCUGAUUCAGAGCAGGGUCUGAGGCUGAACCCACUUUACUGUUAAAGGAAAAUUUAAAAAAUGAUGGUACCUUUCUCCCCCCCCCCUUUUUGACAAAACUGGAUGUAAAAUUUGCAGAUGUUGUAGCCUAUUCAGAGUUGAUAAAGCCUGCAAAUACAGGCAAAUAGGUCCAGGAGAUUUAGUGCUGUGCUCCUUUAAAUUAUAUUUAUAGAUAAUCUUCAGUAUUAUUUUUUUAACAGAAUCGGAUAAAACUUGUUCAUUUCUGAGGGGAUGGCUCUUCUUGCUAAGGGUAGCCUUUUGGGAGAUGGCUAAAAGAAAAAGAUUCCCUCUGUUUGCCCUAAUGUUUUGUCAGCAAUUGUUAUGAAAAGGGGAGGUAAGAGGCCCCCUAGAUUUAGAACCUGCCAAAUUGUAGACAAGAAGGUUUUUGUACUAGCCGCCUUUAAAGUUGAAUUUUUGAGGGUGGGGCGGCUGAAGGGAUUCAGUUUUCUCCUAGUGGUUUUAUUUAUGGGCAUCCAGGUAGCAGUGCAUACAAAGCGGCAGGAAAAGUGAUUUGAGUAGUAGGUUGGCAUAGGAAUUGGAAGCAUUCAUCUGGUGGAUCCAUACUUCCCUACCGCAUAUCCUGCAGUCAUUCUGCCGUGUGUACCUCUUGCCCUUCCUGAUUGACUUGUUGGGCUCUGCCUUUUCCCUAAUCAAGAGGACUGGUGCUGCCUGUGCAAGUACAUUAUAAAGUUGCUGGAGAUGCAAUGCCUUGGAACCUUCCUCCUACUCAGCUGGUUCCUGCAGUGCAGGCAGAUGGCAUAGUUUGGGUCCACUGCCAGCUCAAAGUAAUCCCAUCUCUUGUGCUCAGUGUGAUGGGCUGGUAGCUUUUCACAGGAUGAGUGGUGGUAGUAUAGGAGAGAGAAUUGCUUGUUGCUGUUCCUUUUCCGCCCCAGUGCCCACCACUGCCAUGCUGCUGCCUCUCUUGAGGAAAGGAUACUGAAGAUCAUCAUUAUUAUUAAGAGGAUUUGUAGCUCGCUUUUCAGCUAAAAAGGCUUCUAGAGUGACAUAGUAAAAGGUAAAGGGACCCCUGACCAUUAGGUCCAGUUGCGGCGCUCAUUUCACUUUAUUGGCCGAGGGAGCCGGUGUACAGCUUCCGGGUCAUGUGGCCAGCAUGACAAAGCCGCUUCUGGCGAACCACAGCAGUGCACAGAAACGCCAUUUACCUUCCCGCCAGAGCGGUACCUAUUUAUCUACUUGCACUUUGACAUGCUUUCGAACUGCUAGGUUGGCAAGAGCAGGGACGGAGCAACAGGAGCUCACCCCGUCGCGGGGAUUCGAACCGCUGACCUUCUGAACGGCAAGUCCUAGGCUCUGUGGUUUAACCCACAGCGCCACCCGUGUCCCUUAGAGUGGCAUACAUGAAAUCAAUUAAAAGAAGGCUACAGGCUUGCAAUCUACAAAAAUAUGGUGCACAAGGAAAAGGGGAAGGAAGAGGGAGGGAAAGUCAGUCAUUAAUUCUUAAGCAGUUGUUCUUAAAACGACCAAGCAGCACAGUUCAGGGGUUGGAGGUGAUUGAUCAAGCUGGUUGUUGGGAGUGAUCCGUGCUUCCCAUCUAUCCCACUGAGACAGUCUGGCUGCUCCCAGGUGACAGGUGAGAUAUACACUGCAUCUGACAUCUCCUCUGGGAUACCCUGCUCAAGUUCCACACCUUACAAGCUGACCUUGCCAGUAUUAGCCAGUGGCACAGCCUACCUCCUGCUUAACAAUAAGAGAACUCUUGGUGGUUCUGGUAGUAGGACUGGCCUUGCUCCCAGUGGUAGUUGUGCUGCCAGCUUCUGGUGUGAGGCAACUCAUCACUGCUGCUGCAGUGAAGAUGUGUUUUUGGGUUUGGUGGUGGGAGAAUUCAGUAUGGCCAGUGCUGCCGCCAUACACCUCUGCCACUGCUGACAUAGAGGCAGACAUACCAUGUAGCUCCACACCAGGUCCAAAUACAAAAACUGAGGAGAGCCUGUUAUUUAGCAGGGAAGUUGGCAAAAUCUGGCAGUCAUUAAGGUUGUAUCAGCCCCAUCUCCCAACUUCCCAAAGGUGGUAACACCUUUCUUGGCUGUGUGCCACUUAUCUGAUUGGCUGUUUAAAGCCAUCUGUCAAUCAAAUCUUACUUGGGUUGAGAACCCUAAAAACUGGAAUGUUACCAACAUUCUGUCAUCCAUCACCCUCCCCUCUGACCACCCAAGAUGCUGCAUUAUUUAUGAUGAAGUCCCUAGCUUUGUGACUAUACAGAUCAUAGACUUAGCCUGUUUUUCUAAAAGGUUUUCCUUAUUUGCUAAAAGCACCAUUCUCCCUUUCCCCUUUGUUCUCGUACCACCAUCCUUAAUAAACUUCUUAAAAUUGACUGUUAGGUUUCUUGUGUGUGUUUCACACUACAUGUGGUUAUCAGAGGGAUUUGACAGAGAAAAGCAAACUUCCCCAGGCUGCGGUGAGAAAUGAGUGAAAAGUUGGAUGUUCUCUUUGCCUUUUAAGCUGUCAGGAAUGUCAUUUCUAUUUGAUUGGGUUGAAAUCAAAUAGCUGUUUUUAGUUUUAGCAUGGAGUUUCUAGGCAUAUGGCUGGGUACCUUGGCCAGUGUAUAAUAGAAGUAUGUAAUGAAAUAGUCAAGUGAGUAGCAGGGUACUUUGGCAAGCUUCUUCCCUGUAGGUUAUCUCAGUUUUUUCAUGAGUAUCAUCUUGGCUUUCUGCCUGUCCCAGGGCCUCGGGGUGGGUUUAAGUAUUUUCUCUCUCUUUUCCCCUCUCUAAAUUGUAAGAGAUACAAACAUGUUGCUGGUUGUUUGUAACAAGAGGAAGCCUGUAGAAUCUUAAGCCCUGCAACAGGGUGGCAGAUCAUACCCCUCAAAUUGUGGUAUACCCUUUGAGGGGAGUAAUAACAUUUUUUGUAAACUGUUGCUUUAUUUCUGGCUGUGCCUUCUGACACUCAGCUGAAAUUGUAGGGAUAAAGUUACUGUCAUUCUUUAGCCUUUUAAGGGGUUUUUCCCCCCUUGAUCCUUGAAAGGCGUGAUAAGUCUUAUAAUAAAUUAUGCCCUUAACUUGCAGAAUUCUUUGUUUUUACUGGAACAUCUCCUCUGAGACACUUUUAAACCUAACACUUAAAAAUAAAAAUAAAAGCCUGCCUUUUUGAUUAGAUAGCAAGUACAUCCUGACUUCAGUAACAUAAAUUUCUUUUUGAACAGGCAGUAUUGUGCCUUUGUUAGACAUCAGGGCACCGAAGUGAGCAAAAGCAUGCUACCUCUUUUUUUUUCUUUCUUUUUUUUUAACUAAUAUGAGAGGUAUCUUGGUGUGAUCUAAUUUAGGGCCUGAGUAUGGAUAUAAUUUUAUUUCCUUUUAUCUUGGAUAUUGUGAUUAUUGGGGGGGGGGCAGGAAAAAUAAUGCAUACUAAUAGUGAAUGUGCUACAGGAGUGGCUUUAAAGAACUUGCUAGGUAAAAAUACAAAUCUACACUAGAAGCUUAUGUUAGGAAGCUUUUUGGUGAUUCAGAUCUCAUUUGCUAUGAUAUAGAACAUGGUACAUAUUCGUAAUUAACAUAUAGUGGUCUUUUCCUGCCAUAUAUUUGAAAGAAAAGCAUACAUAUCUACUUUUAACUUUGGUUUUGCAACUCUAGUUAUUCCUCUAAAAGUAACCUGUAAUUCUACUUUUAAGAGUCACCUAUUGUAUCUAUUCCCACAGCUGACAAUAAGGCUUCUGUCAGCAGAACUGGGAGGGAGGGAAUUUUCGGCAGUCCUCCAUUCCCUGCCCCUCUCUCCCCAUCUGCUCUGGAGGGUUCCCCAUUCAUGGCUUCAUAUUAUUGAGAGAAGCCUCAAAUUUGGUUAGUUGAUUUGUAUGGUCUCUCUCUCUUACCUAUAUCUCUCUAGCUAUCAUCUCUAUCAUCUAUCUAUCUAUAUCUAUCUACCUACCUAAAGGGUGAGUCCUUUAAAAGAGGCCCUGUGGAUACAGAGUACACAUGUUCCACUGGGCCUCUUUUAAAAGACUCACCCUGUAUCAUUGAUAAUUGUUUCCAAAGCUGUGCAAAUGUAGGAAAUGAGUGGAUGUACUGACUGGCAGGGCAUUGGUGCUUUUGAGCUCAUUUCUUUUGCUUCUGCUGGGGAAAGUCCUGUUUGGUAAAUUGUGGCCUAAGCUUUUUCAAUACACUGUUCAGGUGGAAGCAAACUCUUCCUUUGGAGACCAAUAAAUAUUGUUGCCUGGUUUUUGCUGCUUUCAAAUUCCCCAGUGAUCAUCAUUGGGCUAAAUUUCCAAGUCACCCAUAAGGUUUUGGUGCACAAAUCCUAUCAAUAGAAAUUAAAUGCCUAACUCUGAUUAGGUGUCUAGUCUCUACUGAUGCUGGAAUUCAAACGUGUACUCCUUGGCAUUUUGUACUCUUGUCUCAAAGGCUAUUUGCCUUUCCUUGGGUGAUUUUUCAGUUUCUGGUACCUGUCUCAUUUUUUUUUAGGCGGGGGCCGAACGAUGGAGGAUUCAGCCAUUUUUCAAGCCUCCAUGAAUGCUUUGUUUAGGAGGGGAGUUACCUUCAGUAGAAGAGUGGAGGAGUGCAAAACUGGAGCUGGAGGUACCUUCAGUUGGUUGUUUUUUGCCUCCUCUAUACUACAAGAACAGUCACAACCUUUUCUUUCUUUCUUGAGGUGUAAAUCAGCAGUACGGUUCUGUAAGAAAUCACUGUGAUAGAUUUAGGGUACAACCCCAUAUAUUGUGAGGCAGUUUUCAGUUUGGGUUUUUCUUUUGCUUUUUAGAUGGGGAGGAUUUCUACAAUAGAGUGAUCUAAAGGAAUCACCUUUCUCUGAACUAAUGCAGUUGGAGUAUAACAUCACAUAUCUUUGUCCUUUGACAUUGUUAUUUUACGCAAAGUGGGUGGGGCUUGCUCAGGGAAGCGACCACAAAUCGUUAGCAGUGCAUGCACUUGGAGGGGGAGAGGAAGAAUGGAGAAUCACAUUUGCCUAAAAUCGCUGUAGAUAGGUACCUAUUAUAGGACAUUUUGUUCAACCUUCUGAAUUGGGGAAGAGAUUAUAAAAAUUAGUCAUUGCUUAGCUAGUAAAGGUACUUCUGAAUGCUCGGUGAAUAGUACAAGCUGCCAAUCAGGUAUCCGCAAUCAAUACAUUAAAAGGUAAAGGUACCCCUGCCCGUACGGGCCAGUCUUGCCAGACUCUAGGGUUGUGCGCUCAUCUUGUCACGCUGAUUAGUCACGCUAAUCCUGAUUAGCUCUGGGUCCCCAUGAAAGGCUUCUAACAACCACAUGCUUUAGGGCUUACAUACGUAGAAUCCUACAAAUAUGUAAUCUGUACACAGUAAAAGAUAUAUAGAACAUUCUGGUAGAACCUAGGUGUGUGUGACUCUACCCAUCAAAGUGUUAAAUCCAAAAUGUGAAAAUCUCGUAGGAGUAGGGUAAGCAAGUAUAGUUUUGAUUUUUCACUGCAUGUAAGUGCAUCAGAACAACAAUCGAAUACACACCUACACAUGCAGUCCACAAGAGGUACAGAUUGAACAUCUGUACCAACUGAAUGUACAUGGCAUUGAUGACUAAGCAAUAAGCAUUGUUCACUGUUUGUGAAAUUCCAUGAAUGGAUAUUGCUGCUUGUUAAUAUUUGAGAGAGAACCAGUUGUUCCAAACUAGAGAGCUAAGCAACUUUUAAACUCCCAUUAAUUAUUACAUGUGCACACUAAGGAUAAUGAAUGAACUCAUUGUCAAUACACAGAAAUAGCAAAGAUUUUAUUUCAUUUGAUGAAACUGAUUAAACUGAGAAAAGGUUGGAAGAAAGUAACUCUCCAGAGCAUAAAAUAAAUUAGCAACCAAAAUAAUGCUUUUUAAGAACAACAACAUAGUAAUAUUACAUGUUUUAAAACUCUUAAGUAGUUUUAAAUGCUUAAGUUACUAUUUCUAAAAGUGAAAUUGUUGUACUUUUUUUCCUUUUAAAAAUUGUUAAUCUUUCAUACUCUUGACAGGGUGAAUCACCACUUGAUUUAGCAAAGCAAAGAAAAAAUGUUUGGAUGAUAAACCAUCUACAGGAGGCAAGGCAGGCAAAGGGAUAUGACAAUCCAUCAUUUCUCAGAAAGCUGAGGGCUGAUAAGGUGAGAAGAAUCUUUAAGUGAUGACUCAUGUAAUGUGUUCUUUUAAAAAUAAUUUCUGACCCUGCUUAGAUGACACCCCACUACAGUUUGUACCAGGAGGUAUUGGGAGUCUUGGGUUUACGCGUCUUUCUCACCCCCAAAUUUGCCAUUCUCCUCUCACUGCAGUGAGAAAUGAUUGACCAAUCCUAGGCAUCUUGCAUUUUUCUGAAUCUAGGAUCCUUCCUAGUCUUGCAGAUAAACCCCUCUUUGUACAUAUUAAACUUGCUAUGAAGUAUCUGAGUGUUAAAAUGAAGCACUAACUUUUUAUACAGUUCAUAAAUAUCCAGGUUAAUUAAUUGUUGUUUGUCUUUUUAUGUAGGAAUUUCGUCAGAAGGUGAUGCUGGGAACACCUUUCCUAGUUAUUUGGCUGGUUGGGUUUAUAGCCGACCUUGAUAUCGAUUCUUGGCUCAUUAAAGGACUAAUGUAUGGUGGUGUUUGGGCUAUGGUUCAAUUUCUUUCCAAGUAAGUAUUUAAUUAGGGAAUAUGUUGGAGUAGAUAGUUUGGUUUUACAUAAAAUACUGACAGGUUUAUAAAAGCCCCAUUCUUGGGGGGAAAAGUUUUACCUAAUUCACUUUUCUAUUAAAUGAUUGUUCAGGAUAAGUAAAGAAAAUUGUGUUUUGAUGCCCUUCCGUCUUGCCUUCCAGUUAGUUUAUAGGAGACCUACUGUGCUAGAUUGAAGUGGCAUUCAUAUUUUAGCUCUGAGCAAAAAGAACCUUAAAUACCACAUCAGUCACAUUAUGAAUCAUCAACUAGUUGUGUUGUAUGAAAAUGUGUCUGCCUGCCCAACAGUAAUGUUUCCUCUUUCACAAACCAAAUAUUGAAAUCCCUCUAUAAAAUGAUUAGCUUAUUUUCUAUAGAAAUGAAAAUACCCUACUCUUUUAUUUCCAUAACGUAAUGGUCUGUAUAAAGCAGACUUUUUUAAGGAGGAUAUUUUUGGAUUUUUUUUUUAAAGGGAUCUUAGUAUUCAGUGAGUGGAUAAAAAAAGACAAGAAUUAUUACAGGCAAUGCCCAGUUUAGGCAUGUUUGAAUGACACUUGAUUGUGCAUAUGUGCAUAGCUCUGAACCUGGAAGGAGCCCAAAAACAUCACAAAAGGGGUGGGGUGGGCUUACACGGGCUCAACUGACAAGCACAGGGUUUCAGAGCAGAAACCCUGUGCAACACAAUGAUAGCCUGUAUAUGCCUCUUAAUUUUAAUGACUCUAAUUUUAAUGGCAAAGAGAAAUGCAUUGGUAGUAAGAACAUUAUUAAACAAAGAAAGUUUGCAUGGUUGAGUAUCUUAAAUUUAUUUAUUGUCAGUGUAAUAGAGCACAUGUCAGAUAAAUAUUUUAAACACUGAAAUCUCUUGUGUAAGUAUAAGCGAUUAUAUUACUACAGCUCAUGUUCUGGGUUUGGCUUUUUCUUCAAAGUCUGUUAAAAUAACUAUCAUUUUGAGUUUUGCUGAGUGUGCUGUUCAGCCUUAUUUUUAACUGCUGUCAAAAUGUGGCUUUAGAAGAAAACUUUAUUUCCAAAUCUACUUUGACAAAACGCAUGCAAGCAGGAGUAUGAAACUGUUUUAGGCCUGGUUAGGGGACAGCAUAUGUAAUAUGUAUGCAAGUAACAAUUGGGAAAAUUGACCUAAAAAGCAAAAAUUACAACCCCCCCCCCCCAAAAUCUGUCUGUUCAGGUGGUCACAUAAUUUAAAUUAAUAAUUUAAUGUAGUGGUUAACAACUUUGGUGAACACGCUUACAAAGCAGCCUGGUCAUCCUAAACUCUGAUCAUGCAUAUGUAAAAUCUUCUUCAUUUGAACAUUACAAACUGAACAGAUACAUGUUCUGAACCUUGUAAUUAUGAACUCUUGCAACAUUCUGAGGUCUAAAAAAGUGCUUGCUGGUUGUUGAGUAAUUUAGAUUAUUAAGACCUUUUGUAGCAAACGGACAGGUUAUUUAAAGCUCUAGUGUUUGUUUCUUUGUUUUUUAAAAAAUAAGUCUAUAUUUACUUGUUUGUGAAUGAGCUAGCACACCCAUAUUUGAAUAUGUAAUAACCUAUUAUGUUCUUUAUUUCACAGAUCAUUCUUUGAUCACUCAAUGCAUAGUGCACUGCCUCUUGGAAUCUACCUAGCAACAAAAUUCUGGAUGUAUGUGACAUGGUUUUUCUGGUUUUGGAAUGAUAUCCUUUAUAUUGUGCUCAGCAUUUGAAUUUUUUUCAUUUUAGUGGGUUAUAUUCCAGUGCUCACAUUCAAGAAAAUUAAGAGGCUAGAAUUUUAAGAAACGGAAGUUUUAGCAAGAGGAUGUGGAAGUUUUAUGGUUCAGACAGGUCAUGGAAAAGGGUUAAGGGACUUCAGUGAAGCUGAAGCAGGAGACAAGUGAACACGAGAGGGAGUGAAGCAUGACAGUAAGUAAAAGAGGAAUGGGCCAAAUGGAACAAGUAAAAGCAGAUAGUAGGACAUGGCAGAUUGAAGGGGACAGUUUUUACUAAUUACAUAAGGCAAGGAUGGGGAAUCUGUUGUUGGAUUCCCAUUAUCCCCAGACAACAUGGUUAAUUGUGUGUGUGUAUACCCAUUAGUUAAAUUACUCAAAAUACUAGCUCACAGGUUUUUUUGAUUUGUGGCAAAAUAAGUUAAAAUAAGAUGUUUUUGAACAAGUCCUUAAACCUAGCAAUAUUUCGUCCUAGUCUUCUACCCUCUUGCUUUCAAUCUCUUCAUUUUCUUUGGAUCUACAUAAGUGUUUCCUUCUUGCUCAUGUUGACUUUGCUUUCUCAGUAGCUGUGCUGAUUGUCAUAUCCCGAUUACUGGCUCCUUCUGAAGUUAAUAUUUAUGAACAUUUAAUGACAUUAUAGCAGAGUACAAGUAGAUACUACAUUUGCGAUGUGGGUGCUGCCAGAACGGUCCCCUCUAAAUCCUACAUGUCAGUUUACUUUAACUGAUUAAUGUUGCCAGCCUCAAUUAUUAGUUCUUCUAGCCAUUCAAGUUCUGCUGUCAGUCAGCUUGUCUGCAACUUGUUAGAAAAAAUAUAUGACAUGUGCUCUGUUUUAUAGAAUGAAGUAGAAAAAUUGUGGUCAGGGUAAGAAUUUAUUCUCAUAUGUCUUACAGUUUGAUGAAACCAAUUGCAUCAGAGAACAGUGCCUUCUUUCUUCUCUGUAGGAAGAAUAAUGUGAUAUCUGACUAGAUGUCUUUGUGGCAGGCUUUUAUAAAUCUGCUUCUGGAAUAUGUUUUGAUCAGAAAUAAAAGGGCAUCCAGAUUGAUUAAUUUAAAUAUCUAGAAUUGACUUUUAACUUGUCACUAGAAUUAUGAUGAAAAGUAAUAUUUUGUAUUUACUCACUGCAUUCCACUUGGGACUCUUGAGGUCUGUUUAGUUAUUUCUGUGCUGUCUAGGAUUGCCUUCUAACCUUGCAUCGAAACAGGCUUUGAUACUGUUUUAUAAACCUUACAUAAGGGGGAAUCUGGUUAGCUUCAAUAAUAGCCUAUAACAGCAGGAAAGACAACCUAUAAAAGAGAGAAAUUUGUGUUGGAUGAUACCAUGCGAUCCCCCUCAGUACUCUUAAAUACUUUCCUCACCAUUAUUAGGAUAAAGGAUAUGUUGUCCUCUAUUCCUGUUAAAGCAAGUGCUUUUCAAGAUGUCUGCAUUUCAUGUAGCAACGUCUUCUUAACUUUCCCCACUUAUAUAAGUUCAGAGGCCCAACCACGGAGGUAGUUCUGUUAGCACAUUGUAGAGCACUAAAAGCAGGCAAAUGUGACCAUACAAGGGUAGGGGGGAACCAUCUAAUCUCUUCCUUUGGCUUGGACCUAUCUCUUGCUUCUUAGUCACAGGAACAUACUGUCCAGUUUUGAAAGCAUCUCUCUGUCAGAGGUAUAAUGCCAGACAGACAAUUAAGGACAUCUAGCUUUUUUGUAGUAGAACAUAAUACAGUUUUCUCUGCUAGCUUCUUUUUAGUGGUCUAAAUGUGUGGUUUAGUAAUUGAAAUGAAUGCUGAUACUUAUUAAAACAUGUGGUCAUACCUUGGUUUUCAAACAGCUUAGUUCUCGAACGUUCUGGCUCCCGAAUCCGCAAACCUGGAAGUGACAGGACUUCCGCGGCUUCCAGUUGGCCACAGGAGCUUCCUGCAGCCAAUCAGAAGCCACACUUUGGUUUCCAAAUGUUUUGGAAGUUGAACAGACUUCCAGAACCGAUUCCUUUCGAUUUCCAAGGUAUGACUGUACCGUAUUCUUUUGGGAGCUUUAACUGCAUGAGACUUAGACUCAAAAGCCCUGUUACAAUUUUUCUACACAUUUUUCUACACAAAGGUGAUGAAGUCCAAUUGAAAUUUGUGUCUUGGCUAAAUGGGCUUAAGUGACCAUGAUUUUCUUUGCAUAUCACAUUAAUCAAGUAUGGCUUAAUGUGAACAUGCAGUGUGCUCUCCCGCCCUCCAACCAGGCUGCUGAGAAACAAGCACAUGGUUUGACUUAGUGUUUUUUCUGCAGAGCCGUCUUUCCCAUAGGGCUUAGUGAUGCGUCGCGCCAGGGCGCCAGCCUCUCGGGGCACCCCAGCAAGUGGGGGAGCUGUGCAGCUUUGCCGGCGGCCUCCACUUUCCCUGCACGCCCGCCAGCUGUGCUCCGCCAACCAUAUGGCUGGUGGGCGUGCAGCUUCCCUCCCAAGCCUCUGCCGGGAUUGCUCUUAGAAACAGACCAUGAGUCUGGAUCCAGACAUAACACUUAGCAGCAUGGCAGGAACAAGCAGGGAAUGAAGCACCCACAAUUUCAGCCGUGUUGCAUCAACAUGCUGUGAGUUGGCACUAACAUUGUUAGGCUCAUUGUUUUCUUGUUGAUGAUCUGCAGCAACACAGUGGUUUUCAGGCUUUCUAACUUCAGGGAACUCUUUCUCACAUUGAUUUCAGUGCUAUGGAACCCCUUUACAUACGCUAAGAAUAUUUUCCAAUGUGUCAUAUUUGUACUUGAAACUGAUGGGUUACCAUUGAAAUUUGCGAAAUAGGUUUUAAGUGUUUGUGUUUAGAGCUUGCCAUUCCCUUGGCAAUGGAGUGUAUAAGUGUUAAGGCACUGAAGCAGAAAAGGUGCUACUGGGGCCAUUUGUAAUUUCAUGGUAGAAAAUAUUUAAAUCUGUUAAAAUAUAAUUAGCUUUUACUAUGUGCAAAUUAAUGAGAAGAAAAUACAGAUACCUAGGUGUUAACAAAAUUAACUUCAAAUUGUGAAGCAGCCGGAAUUCAAAUACUGGGGGGGAAUCCAAGGGGCUGCAAUUUAUUCCAACACUUUCAUUUCCAGAUAAAGUACAUGUUCCUUUUUUCAGUAAAUUAUUAAGAGGGGAAGAGGAGGAGGCAUCUUUAACAGGCAUGUAAUCCAUCCCCCCCAAAGAGAUUAUUAUUGUAUUCAUCAUUCCCUGUAUAAUCUCUUUUAUUAUAAAGUGGUUUUUUUGUGUGUGAUUUAGCUGGAAUUUCAGGCCACUAAUAGGCAUAAACAGUAAAAAAUAUAUUUAAAAAUGGUUGACCAUUUGAAUGAUUUCUGUCAGAAAAUGAUUUAAAGAGAUACAAAAGCUGCAAUCCUAAACACAUUGACUAGGCAAUAAGCUCAACUGAAUUCAGCAAGACUUUUGAGAGAACAUGUAUAACGUUGCACUGUUAAUUUUGGAGCUAUCAAACAAAUUGAACAGCAUAUAAUGACAAAAAAGGAUUAUUAGAUGUCUUGACAUGCAUCUAGCAUAUUUCCUGUGAAAUGCAUUAGCAACAAAAAGUGUAUUGCAGGAUUCUAUUCUUAUUUUCAGAUAAUAAUUAUUUUUAACAGGAAAGAAAACAUAUUUAAAUUCCUUAACAUUUAAUACAUCUAAAUUUUGUGUUCAUCCACCUUCCAUUUCUUGCUAAUAGUGUUGCACUUUUCUACAAUUUUGGAAAAUCUUGGAAAUCAGACCCAGGAAUAAUUAAAGCCACAGAAGAACAAAAGAAAAAGGUAAAAAGCAAAACAGUCCAUUCUUGUUAAUGGUUGAAGAUGCUGUUUAGAUUUUCUGUGUACACACUCAAAGCGUUUUCUAAUCAAAGCAAUUACAGGAAAGUGUCCCCCUCCCAGCCUCCCACAGAGGGGCACAGGGGGCUGCAGAGGAGACAGAGAGUUGCUGAAAAUUGUUUCUGUCUCUGUUUCGCCAAGUUCUUCCAUUUAAGAGCAUCAGAGGUAAUUGUAGUCUAAGCAGAAUAAAUGCUUUGCUACUGGGAAAUCUACUGACGUCAUCCAGAUAUUUCUGGUGUUUAAAAUGUGUGUGUGUGUGUGUGUGUGUGUGUGUGUGUAUGUGUCUGUCUGUGUCUGUGUCUUACACACACACAAUCCCUCAAGUAUGCAUCUUAACUUCCAAGGAGGAGUUGUGGCACCUUGAAGGCUAAGCCCCGACAGAUUACUCAUCACAUGGUGUAAUUGUUUUUGGACCAGUUAAAAAUGAAGGUGAAGAUGUCAUCCUUGAAAGGAAACCAGCAUGUCCAGAAGAAGAUUAGGCUGUAGACUCUCCUUCCUGAUAUAGUGUUCUGUGUAUUGGGAGAUUUUAAUGUAUCCCAGCUAUUCUCUUCAUGUCACCACAGCAGAACAUAGGGUGGUACUAACGGCUUCAAACUGAAUGCAAGGGGAUACAUUUUUUAGGUUGGAAAGGAUAUGCCUGUUACUGGAGCAGCCCAACAGCCCUAAUGCUGGUGCAAUCUUGAGAAGCAGCCGGAAACUACUGAUCUUGCUGCUGGAUAGAGUCCCCUUGUAUCUUAUAAGCAAGUGGGGCAGAACCAAUUACACAUGUGUGUUUAUGUAGACUCUAAUAGUGCCGAAUUUCUUUGAUGUGAAUAAAAUGGCAUUAAGAUCUUUUUGCCCAAGCUUGAGAUGGUGUUAAACUAAUCGGAGUGUGUUAAUAGAAGCUGGGAUUUCCAGUGGGGUAGCUUUUGCUGUAAAAACAGCCAAGAAUCUCCUGGCACCUUGAAGGCUAACAAAUUGUUUUAUGACAUAAGUUUGUCUACUAAAGUCGACUUAUGAAGCAUGUAUGAAUAUGGUUCUUAAAUGAUUAAAUAUUCUUCUUUUUGCUUUUCUGCAGACAAUAGUGGAACUUGCAGAGACAGGAAGUCUGGACCUCAGUAUAUUCUGCAGUACCUGUUUGGUAGUAUGCUUUUUUGCUUACAUGUAAUUAAAUUACCAAUUUUAACAUCAUGUCUGUUUAGAAAAUGAGUGUAUUCUUUGACCUUGCGAUAUUCAUACAGGGUGUAAGUGGGCCUCUGCCAACUAAAAUACUAAGCCAGUAUUUGGGCAUAUGAAUGCCACGCUUCCUAGGGAUAGGAAAAGGCAAGUCCAUAGUGUGGUUGUGAUGGAUCCAGAAGAAAGCAGGAUAUCAAAAUUCCUUACUGGAGUCCCUGUCCCACCAAGUUAGGACUCUGUAUUCCAGUGGGAUGUCCUUGACACAAGUUCAGAUGGAUUUGGGUAGAAGCUUAACUUAAAACACCCACAGGUUUUUAUAUCAAAAUACAGUGGCUCUCUUAAGUCAGUAUAGAAAUCUGGGCAGAAGACUGUUCCAGACCUUCAAAUAGAAAAAGAUAUGUUCUAGUACACUAGGUGUGCUACGGUAUCUGUUGCCACUCCCUGUGGUAAGACUUCCCACUACCAAAGUAUUUAGCAGGAGCAAUACAAGAGUUCCUAGUAAUUCUUAAAGUUAUUGUUGUUCCUAUGUAUCUUAAUGACAACCCUGGAUUAGAAUCCUAAAAAUAGGAGAGAGAACAGGACUACUUCAGAUUGUGACUAAAUCAAACAAGUGCAUAGAUCUCUGAGUAUAGAGUAAAACCAUGAAAAUACUUCCAUUAACAACUUCAGAUUAAAUUUACAGUGCCAUUUUAGAUACACACACAUCUUAUACUGGAUAUUUUGUAGGAAAUUUAGUUGUUCAUUUUGUGGUGUGUAUAAAGUAAAUAUCAACAUUAGUUAUUAUCAACUGUCACGUCAGUAAAAGUUUUGCCUUAUAUAAAACAUCUGUAAUGAAGUAAGUAGAAUGUGCUUUAUAUAAUAAUGUUCUCAAAAUAUACAGGAAUUGUGAGAUUGUUAUGAUACAUUUAUAUUCCUAUCCAGAAUCUAAAUUUAUGCAACUCUGGACUCUUUAAUAUAAAACCUUUAAAACUAAAUACCAUAUAUCAUAUUGCAUAAAUUAUUUGAUACUAUAAUGGUAUUUAAAAACUUGUUGCUCUGUAUGAAAAUAUUUUAAGAACUUGAGAUAGGGUGAAACAUAAGUGUUCUCUUACUUUGGGACAUUGAUAAGAUAGUUUUGACUACAGAUCUGAGUAUUUUGUAUUUCAGACAAAUUGUUUAUUACUUGAUAGAUACACUUUUUUAAAAAUGCAAAUGUUAAAUGUUGUAGGUGUCAUUCUCAAGAUAAAAUGUCUUUUGUGUGCUAACAUUUGUUUUGAUGAAAUGUUUUCACCGACAGCAUCACAGCAGUGUUAUGCUCAGUUUUUUCUAUAUGGAAUACAAAUUAUUUAUGCAUCCACCCAUAAGUAACUGAUCUAACUGCAGACGAUAAAAAUCACCAAAAUACUUAAUCUUUUGUAAACUCUGCAAGCUUUUCCAUCGGUAUCGUCAUCAGUUUCUUUGAUCUCUAAUUCAGAGUUUCAGUGUCAGCAGUAAACAGAACGGUGGGAAAUUCUGUUUCGCAAUGGAAUUUCAAUUUCAAUUUUUGUUUCAAUUUAAUUGAGAUUGGUGACUGCAAAUGCUGUAAGACUUGUGUAUAGUAUAUAAGACUUGUCUAGUGCGUGUAGGUGAGAAAUACAAAGCUUCCAUUUAGAGGAAAGUUAAAGUAAGGGAGGUAUGUUUUUGUUAGGUAAAGCUAGAACUACAGGCUCCACACGGUUACAUUCUUAAAUUCUUGGUAUCAUGACAUGCAUGAGUAGUAGAAGCAACAACAAUAGCAACAUUGUGUUCAAAAUUCAUAUUAAAGAUUGAUAAUAUGAAAAGCGUGUUACAUUGUAUGCAUAUAAAAAUCUGUUGAACAGAUACGGAAACCGGUGAGGUCCAAACACUGUGGUGUGUGCAAUCGAUGUAUAGCCAAGUUUGAUCAUCACUGCCCCUGGGUUGGUAACUGCGUAGGUAAGUACUGAUAAGGAAUAGCAAAUUUCCAUCGCGUUUAGCUUUCAAUCUCAAAUAGUAUGUGCAUUUAGCAUAGCACGGUUUCUUAGCAUUCAUAUAUUCACCACUGCUAUCAGACCACGAAGAUGCCAGACAUAUUUUAUUCUUUAGUUUAGAAGCAUAAGCAAGCUCAGCCAGCCUCUUGACCUCCAACGGUCUUCGUCACUGGGAGCUAAAGCAGUAUAGCAAAUGAAUACAGCAGAGAGCAGGGUUGUUGUUUUUCUGUAGGAACGCAGAUUUUUCAUGUGAAUGUUUGGUUGGUGAUCUUGAAGCAAGUAUGUUACAAAUCUUAGUGACUGUGAAGCUAAGACACAGUCUUUAAGCUUUGCAUUUGAAGCAUUUCCAACUGGAUUCAUCUCAACAGAAUGCCUGAGCAUUUUUAGAGAACUGAUUUGAUAUAGUGUUGGUCUUUUUUUUCUUUUACAAUUUUAUGAUGCAUUAAUAGUUUUAUUGUGUACCACUUUCAUUUUUUUGAGUUUGUGGUUUAUAAAUAUUCAAAUAAAUAAAUAAAUUUCAGGGUAAUAUUAGUAUUUAUAAACAAAUGAAAUAGUUUUAUUUUGUAGGAGAAAAGGUUACUGGGCUGAAGGUCAGCUUUAUAUUGUAUAUUUGCAUAUUGCAUAUUUAUGCUCACUUACUCAUUUACUUCUUGAAUACUUCCCAAUUCUUUCCCCAGGGGAGCUUGUGCUUUAUUUGCAAAGCAUGUGAUGAACUGCAUUGCAGUGCUGAAAUAAGACUCUUCUAGACUCUUCUAGUCUUGUGGCAGGGAAAGCUAUGCUUUAUAUAUUAUGUGUUACUAGAAGACCCUUUCUGGUCUCUUGUUAAAACAGCAUUAAAAACAAAUAUAUUUACUUCCAUUCUUUCUUCUCAGGAGCUGGCAACCAUCGUUAUUUCAUGGGCUAUCUGUUCUUUUUACUAUUCAUGAUUUGCUGGAUGAUUUAUGGAUGUAUCUCUUGUGAGUAUUGUUUCCUGAACCAUUUUCUUAAUGCCUAGUUUAAGUCCUACUGUGCCUGCAAUGUUCUGUGUGAACGUUGACCUAUACCUUGAUUGUUGCCUGGUAGGGUUUUUCUUUUCUCAUAAAAAAUGCUUUUGGAAAUGUUCCCCAUGCAACAUGCCCUGUAUUCUGCAGGCUCAUGUUCAGGAACAUUUUCUAAUCCAAUGAUAUCAUUUUCUAACCCAAUGAUACGUAUUUUUUAAUUCCAGACUGGGGAAUCCACUGUCACACUACUUACACAGCAGAUGGAUUUUGGACAUAUAUUACACAAAUAGCCACCUGUUCACCUUGGAUGUUCUGGAUGUUUUUGAAUAGCGUGUUUCACUUCAUGUGGGUGGCUGUGCUGCUAAUGUGUCAGAUGUAUCAGGUAGGAGAAAGCCCUUAAUAUGCAAACAAGCAGGGUUGCAUUCAACAUGUUGCUCACUGACAGUAAAGCAGUAAGGCCAGUUGAAUAGGGACAAGAGAACUUUCCCCACCCUUCCCCUUGCACCCAGCCUCCUAAAUCUGCUUCAGACGGAUGGGAGAUUCUCCAGAGCAGAUUUGGGGUUGAGGGAGGGCUGCAGAGGAGAUGGGAAAUCACUGAAAAGUGCUUACCUCCUCAUUCUGCUGACAGAAACCUUCCUGAGAAUCCGGGGGUUGAUUCCAUUGCAUAUGUGAGGAUCUGAAUGCAUAUUGAAGCCCUUGGAUGUUUCUCUCUUUAAUGCAAAGCAUCAAACUUGAAAUGCACUUAUUUCCCAAGCCUUUGGGUGCUACCAGGUUUGAUUGCCAGCACUAUGGAACUUGGUUGGGUUUGGUAUACAAAAACGUUGAAAAAAAUAAGUGGCUCGUUUCAAAUCUGUUUUCAUGUAUCUUUUAUCAUAAAUGAUCAUGAGUGACAGAAACACACAGGAGAAUAGAAAAGACUUGGCGUCAAGUACAUAUUGGAUGCAGCUGUUUUGCUGGCAAGGAAUUUGCAUCACUGAAACGCAAUUGACUGUUUUUACACAGUCAAUAAAGACUUUACCCAGGCAAGUUCAGAACAUGCAAAGUCUCACUAAAGAAAUUGAUCCGAGUAGCCAUUAGUGUUUGAGGGUGAGGGUUUGCUUAGAUAAAUGAGGGUCAGCAAUUAAGACACAAAAAGAAACUAUUGUUAACUGGGACUUCCUGGCAUGUUCCCUCACUUGCAGAAAUGGAGGAGCUAAGCUCUUUCUUAUCUUGGAUUAUUAAGAUGCACUAUGAUAAUCCAAGCACAGCCUAUUUUUGUCAGUGUCUCAAAAUAAUAGGCAAAGUAAUAUAACAUUAACAAUAUUUUGUCGGGUAGGAAUAGGAAAAUGUUAACAUGACAGAGUCUAAUUUUAUGGUAAACUUUCUCUUUAGCAGGUCCAAAGUUACUGCUUGACUGUUUUUGAAAAUAAAUCAUUGAACCUGUUAACUCACAGCUAUUAUUAAGUUCAUCAUGGUUCAGAGCAACCAUCAGUAUACAUCCAGUGUAACAGAGAGGUUUUUUGUGCAUUAACAGCAAACUCCGUUAGCAUGCAAUACAGAAAAAGUAUUCCAUUUAGCUAUAACUUGUUUCAUCUUUGUACUAAGCUGCCAAGGGUGGUCUUGAAGUUACAGCAGAACAGUUCUGGCUUCAAACUCCACUUUCUGCAGGGAUUGCCUAUGCUAUAGAUUUCCCUAUAGGGGUUUUGAUAGUGCAUCUUAUUCCAGUGGGCUUUACGUCACUACCUGUCAGCUGAUAGGUUCUCACUUCAAGGCCAUUUGGAUUCUCUGCACUAUCGAGUUCAACAGGCAGUUUGCUGUGCUGUGGAGUACCCCAUGAGAAGCUGCAUAGCACAAUCUAUACCAGCAGGCCUGCUGAUCCCAGUAGACAGUUGAUUGGUGGUGAUAGUAAGUCUCCCUUGCUAAUUAGCAGUUGGGAAAGUGCUUAAAGGCUCCCUAUUGUAUAUUGGCAGCUGCAUCUCUCCCUACCCCACGCCUGAUGUGUAUAUGAUAUCAGAUGUGGGCAGAUGGACAUGGUGGAACCACCUUGUGGACCAAAUUGGGACCUGUUCCAGGCCUAAUAAGAAUUAGGGGAUGGAAGUUCCCCAUGCCUCCUUUAGCGGGUUUAUAUACUACAUCUUCAAAGAUUCUGAAUACUUCCCCUCCUCCAUUUCUCCCAGAUCUCUUGUUUAGGUAUUACUACAAAUGAAAGGAUGAAUGCAAGACGAUAUAAGCACUUUAAAGUUACAACAACAUCUAUCGAAAGCCCAUUUAAGUAAGUACAUAAAGAAACAUGGAAAUGUGUUUAUACAAACAUAUGGGUGGUAUUCACAAGUGAGGGAAAGCUUAAAUAGAGCAUGUGAAUGGAUUCUGUGUAAUUGGUUGUUUCCCCCCUUUCCUAAAAGGUAGCCACAGAAAUGUGAAUCUCUUUCCACAUGCUCCCAGGAAAGCAGCUGAGUUAGGGUUGUGAUCUUGAUUGGGGAAACUGUUUGAAGGGUAUCAAAGUAUUUUUUGUUGUAUAGUUUACCUGCUCUGGGAAUUUUAUACAAAUUGAAAUGUGGACUACAACUUCCUUAAACAAAUAACUGGAACAUGAGCAGAAACACAUUUCUCUUUUAGCACCCUCAAAUUCAAAACUAAAACUAAAAAGCAUACAGUUCAUUUUCUCUCUCCCUCAUGCAUAUGCAUGCAUAUGCAAAUAUUUACCAUUUCAUAUUGUUCACAUACUUGGAUUCUCUUGGAAGCAAUUACGCCAUUAGUACUGACAUGCACAAAAAAUCCUAGCUACCUAGUAACAUUCAAAAUAAACAUUAUCAUAAAUAAAAGAUUAUUCCUUAGAAAAAAAUACUUUAGAGUACACAGACACCUGCUUUCUCUUUCCCUAAUUUGGUCCCGUUUUCUCUUCUCUACGACCCCAUUAAUAAUUGACAAAGACUCCUUCAUUUUCUUUUUUCCCCAAACCUCUUUGUCCCAUUCACCCUGUCUUAUUCUUCCUCUUGUGUAUCUUUCUUCCUUUGGAAUUAAGAGCACCAAUAGUAUGAUCAAACAGCAGCAAUUUGAUAACAUCAAAAAGUAAAAGUCUAAUCAGCAGUCUGGUUGCACAGGCUGCAGUUUCUGGACUGUCUUCAAAGGCAGCCCUACAUAUAAGAGUUUUCCACUAGUUGUCUAAUGAGGUUACCAAGGAGGAAGCCACUGAAGCUGGAUUAUCCAUAAGGACUGGGCCAUCAGACAAAGCUGUAAAGGCACUCAAGCCAUUGAGACCACUUUUGUCUCUGGCGAACCCACAAACCACAGACCUGAACUUUUAGGGCAGAGCUUUCCAAGCCGUGUGUCGCGACACAUUAGUGUGUCAGCUGCAGUGUGUAGGUGUGCCAUGCAAACACUCCCUACGCUCCUCCUGGGGAAAUGGGUUAGUUUAACCUCCAGUUUGCUAAUAAAACUGAAUUAUUGUGCUGCAAAAUAAUGCAUGUCUAAAAAGUGUGUCACCAACAUAAAAAGUUUGGAAAGCUGUUUUAGGGGGGACAUGACCAUAUCCAGAGCUGUUGAAAGCAGCAUCCAGAGACUUAUAGAAUAUCUGAUGAAAUAAUGAUCAUACCCUCACUUGUGGGAGUGGCCAAACUGUGCAACCACAUUAGAAAUGUGAAUUGUGUUCCAUCAGAACCAUGAAUUCACUCAGUUCUAGCCAAUUUAAAUGGGUAUUUGUAAUUUCUCACAUGUGCUAUGUAAUCAGUCCUUCCCCAAACCCAAUACACUAGGUCAGAAGUAUUAUCCCCAUUAUAAAGGGGGCAGAUAAACUGAAGCCAACAAAUCAUAGCUUUCCUAAAGCUUCCUAUUGAGAGUUUACAACCCUGUGUGGCUUCUUGGUUGAUAGCUGACACUUUUCACUCCUCGGUAGCAGUGAAUGUUUCUGUAAGUAUCAACAAGCACAGUUAUAUGUAUUGGGGGUGGGAGAGUCCUCCUUAAUGAUGACUAACAUUGUUGCACUUGCUGGACUAACAUAUAUUUUUGUAACCGUUUUGUUUGUAUUUUUUAGCCAUGGAUGCAUAAGAAACAUUAUAGACUUCUUUGAAUUCAGAUGCUGCGGUCUUUUUCGUCCUGUUAUUGUGGACUGGACAAGGCAGUAUACAAUAGAAUAUGACCAAACAACUGGAAGUGGCUACCAGCUAGUGUAACACCCACCUCCAAACCUGUGAGCAUAUCGUAUCUGAGUGGUGCCUGAAAAUUUGUUUCUCUCAAAUCCACAUCCCUUGAACAGUAGCAUGCUAUGAAUAGAGCUAACAGUGAAUCUAAUGGUACCUUCUCUACAUCAGUUUUAUUAACAGAUGUAAUCAAAGGACAGAAUAAACUGCCAAUCCUGACAAUGAGGAGGAAGAUGAGAAAGGGAUUUUAACUGUCCUUACCGUGGGAAUGAUUCACAAAGACAUAUUCACGCCAUUUUCUUUCCUUUUAACUGCUUUCACAAUGGAGCAUGAGAUUGUUAAAAUACAAACAUACUAAAGUCAUGCUGUGCUGAACAUGAAAUAUUUAUUUCAUAAUUUGAACAAUUUCAUUGGAAUUAAAGUCAAAUUUUACAAAGCAGACAGACUUUGAGAUCAAUGUAUUAUAUUUCCUGUAAUGGAAUUUUUGUACAGAUUUGCUAUAGUAUUAUGUGCAUUGAAAAUGUGCAUUCAGUACUCCGAAGAAUCAUGUGGUCUUAUUGGGAAUCCACCAUAAAGCGUGAAGUUGUUGGAAGCAGGACGCAGAAGGAUGUUAGUCACAAAACUGUUACGUAAAUGUAAUGGCUGUUGGCUGUUAAAGCUGUCUUGUUUCCGAUAUAUUGAAUUACUCGUAAUAAGCCUUGUGUGAAGAUGUAUAUUCGGGGAGGGUGGGUGAAGUUGCACAAAAUUACAUCUCUCUUGUCCAGUAUAAAGCCCUAUUUAGGUGCAUGAUACGACUUUUGAAAAUUAGACCACAAAACAAAAUAUAGCAUAAUAAUCUGCAAAAACUAAAUAAAUACGUACAAUAUAUGCAGUCAGUGAAAUGCUGGUACCUAAGUAGUAGGUACAGUUCUGCAUGAUGUAGUCUACAGUCAUUGGAGCGUUGGAAGAUGUGCGAAGUUAUGUAGGUGGAACCAAAGAGUGAAAGGGCCAACUCUCAGUAAUAGGGGAGCGGGGAAGGAUAUGACUGCAGUUAAAUUGAAUGUGGCUGCUGGAGAAGUAAAAACUGAUUAACAAAUAACUCUUUUACUUUACAUAAAAUGAUGGAAUUCAAGCUAAAGAAAGUUGUAAUUCCUUUGUAGCAGAUUUAAGUGGGGAAAAAAAACAUUACAUGGCUUCUUGAAGAAUAUGGUAAUGGCACGUGGGAAAACACCCUUAACUUUUGUUUGUCUCAAAGUUACCAGAACCAGAUAUAUUUGAAAGGUAAGGAGUGGUAUGAAGUUGCAUUCCAGAAGAGUUUUAUGUUGUUGAAUGUGAUGCACUGAUUUUAUGUUACAGCAUUUUUAUAUAUUCCUUGUGAAUUAUUCACUGCUUCCUUAACUAUUGUUUACAGAGAGACUUGAAAAAUCGGUUAAGUUCUCUUUUUAAGUGCUGUAGCAACAUAGUGGUUCGAGAAUCCUGUGAGGGGGAUUUGGGGAGGGGACCUUAAUACAGAUGAUCGAGACCAGUGUAAAGAAUGUUUAUCUGUAUAUACAUAAUUUAUCAAAUAGUUUUCUCUUUGUGAGUGUGUGUGUGUGCGUGUGUGUGUGUUAGUAUAUUUAAAAGCUGCUCAUUUCAUUUUAUCCAACCAAAAAUGUAGGAAGAUAUCUAAUGGGCUUGUUAGUAAUGAUCAAUAUUGCUGUUAAUAGGCACUGUACCCUGCAACUUCACUGCAUGUUUGAUGCUUGGCAAAACUAGCAUUUCCUGUAAUAUGCAGAUUACAGGUAUUAAAGCAAUCUAGUGGUAUUCCCGCCCCUUGCCUUAGUAAGAGGAGCAGUGAAACUGUAAAUAGUUGAUGUUCAGUAUUUUCAAGUAGGCAUUUUCCCUCUAGCCGUUUCUUUGAUCACCAGGUGUGCAUAGUUUGCAAGUACCAGAUAUCAAGAUUUACAGAAGUGCAACAUUAGUGUACUUGAAUGUUUAAUACUGGAAAAAUUCAACUUUGUCUUUGACACACUAUUUUUGAGGGAAAGAGAAUGAAGUUGGGUGCAGGGAUGGCAAAAGAGGCCUGUGCCAUUUUGUCAGAUACAACUUAGAACUAUAAUAAGAAUAUAUUAUUCUUACAACACUACUUGUAAACUUUAGUUUCAAGCUGAACAUGUUUGAGCAGAGCCAUCUAUUUCUUAUUUUACAUUACAUGGAGUUGACUCCCUUUUGGAGAAAGCGUAGCUCUGCAGAAUCUCAUUUGAUGUUGAAAGCCCUCCGUAAUCUAUUUGCUAAAUAUAUUUCAUAGCUCCAGAAAAAUCUGUGUAAUAUACAUCUAUAUUUCUUUUGCAAGUUACAGUAAUGUGCACCAUAUGGAUUCCUUGUACAAAUAAUUGUGUCCUUGAUAGUGAAAAUAAAUCUUACUUCAGUUGAGCCAAAAUACUUGGGUGUAAAUUUUGCUUAACUCUAUGCUGCAAAAAGAAAAUAUAAUGGAGUUAGAAUUGCCCAGAAGAAGGUUCUACAUCUGAGGCAGCUAGAAUAAUUCUAGUAGUCUGAAAUACUGAAGGGUUUUUUUCUGAAAUAUGGCAGAUUGGGUGGGUGGGGAGUAUCUAUGCAGCAUUUUUUUCUACCAAGAACUCUGUUAUAUAUUGCAGCAGACCACACCAUUGUAGAGGGCUGCACGAAAGCGAUCCAAAUAUACUAGAUAGAUGUUCAUUGAUCUAUUCAGAACAAGCAAAUGAAAAAUUUGUUUCUGCCCUAGAUAAGCUAUUUUCUUUUUGCAGGUUUUAAGUUUCUCAAUGCUCUCCUAAGUUGUUUUAACAGUUAAUAUGCAUAAGAGCAUCAUUGUUUAAAACUGAGUAUUUUUUUAAUUUACCUUAUUUAUAACUGUGCCAAGCAUUAUUUUACUACUGUCAAAAUGUUGAUGUAUUACAUGGUGAACAAAAUCUGUAAAAUGUUUAAUAAAAAUAGCACUCCUUACAUAAAUUAAAAUUGUCAUUUUUUGUAAGUUAUUAAUCAAAUAAAUACUUGUCUCCUAGAUGCUAGCAUUUGUCUUUACUUCAGCAAGAGUUUCUUGUUCUCCUGCUCAGAACACUCAGGAAUUUAUUCUUAGGAGAUUGGAGUAACCUAAUUAGCAGAAAAGGAGCCAAAGAGCCCAUUGCUACCUCAGUAAGUAGACUAGCGGAGCAUUUUUUUCCAGUAUUGGAGUGACACUUUGUAGACAUGCAUCAUUUCACCACACAGUUCUUCGGUUUUCCAGCCUCUGGAGAAGUGCGGGGAGCGUUCAUGUGACACACUUAACAUGUUGCGAGAAACAGUUUGGGGAGCUCUGAUCCACAGGUUAUUCUUAAACCAACUUUGUACUUUCCCUUUCCCACCUGCCCCCCAGCCUUUGAGAGCCAAGAUCAUGCAGGAAGGCUUUAAUAGCAAUUAUGCUCUAUAGCGGGGGUGGGCUAGU